AUGAGUAUGUUAAAACCGAGUGGGCUUAAGGCCCCCACCAAAAUCAGCAAGCCUGGAGGCACAUUACUGAAAAUAGCUGCAUCAGCUGCUCCUGGUAAGGAAGAUGAGGGAUGUGGCUUUUCCUUUUUUAACAUUUUCUGAUAAAAAUGUAAUGGUGCACAUUUCUGAUGCAUGCUUAUUUUUAAUAGCUGCCAUGUCGUGGGGUGAAUUUCUGAAGAUGUUUUGCAAAAACAGGAGUCAGUUGGAUGUUUGGUUGUGUCUUUGUGUGUGUGUGUGUUCUCCCAGCUCCCCUCCAAACCUUUGGGACAUGAUAUCCUCUCAUUUCACAGGGAGGUGGGGGGUUGACCUUCAGCCAACACUGCAUUAUACUGACCUGACUGUAUAACCUGGUCCUUAUUGGUCUGACGGGACUAGAAACUCUGAUUAGGUGAUGUGACUGAAGUGUGGAUACAAAAGCAGACAUAAAUAUGUCUGACUCUCUCUGCUGUGUUUGGUUCUAGCCCCGUCAGAAAAGACAGCAGCCUGUGAGAAGACGCCAACUGCACCCACUUCAGAAGCACAGGAUGAGUUUGUGGAUGACUUCAGAAUCGGGGAGCGUGUUUGGGUCAAUGGGAAUAAGCCUGGUUUUAUCCAAUUCCUGGGAGAAACACAAUUUGCUCCUGGACAGUGGGCAGGGAUUGUUUUGGACGAACCCAUUGGCAAGAAUGAUGGCUCUGUGGCUGGAGUUCGCUAUUUCCAGUGCGAGCCUCUAAGGGGAAUUUUUACGAGACCCUCUAAGCUAACACGGAAAGUAGUGACUGAGGAUGAAGCCAAUGGUGCGCAGGCCUCUUCUGCUUCCCGGGCAACUUCGCCAACCUCUGUGUCAGCUGCUAGCCUCGUGUCUUCACCUUCUGCAGCAGCGCACCUGCCCCCCACAGGUAUUCCCCACAAGACAUCGCCUCCUACUGCUAAGGAACUCCCCACUUCUCAAAUUACCAAUCUUUCCAAAACAGCAAGCGAAUCCAUAUCAAACCUUUCUGAAGCUGGCUCUCUGAAGAAAGGAGAAAGAGAACUCAAAAUGGGGGACAGAGUUUUGGUAAGUUUGUUUUAUUUCCACUAACCAACAAACUGUGCCUCCAUGUCAACCUGCCUAUUCACUGCCAUCAUUGUUAGAAGCUUUCCACUGUAGGCCAUCAAGAGCUGAGGCAGGUGGCUGCUGCGCGGAGAGACUUCUGGGUGGCGGAGGCUGCAGGUGAAUUGCUGUGUUCCCUACCCAGAGUGGAUUUCCAGGGGCCAGCUCUGUUGUUUAGGACUCACGUGAAGAUUUUUUAACUUAUGGAAGAUUUUUCUCAUAUAUAAAUGAAACAGCCAUCUGUGGCCUUUUAGAAGUGGGUGGGAUAAGUAGGCAGCCUCCACAAAGGGCAGGCAAUUCAGCAACAUCUCUUUGUCAGGAGAGACUGCAUGAUCCAGGCUUACCUAAUGCAGAUAUGGCAGGACCACCUGCCUGUCCAGCAGAGGCUGGUUGGAAGGAAGUAGGAUCAUGCAGCAGGCAGCCUCGGCGUUGGGCACAAUCUUUGGGUUGUAUCUGUUGUGCCUCCUGCUCAGAGUAGAUCAGUUGAAAUUAAUGGAGAUGACUAACAGGUCCAUUAACAUCAGUGAAACUGCUUUGCGUAGGUCCAAGCAUUGGAUACAACCCUUUGGGCUCACAGGGACCUUUUGAUAGUUGAAACAACUUGUUUGCAGCAGCACAGUUUGAGAAUUGCAAUCUCGUUCCUCCCCAGCAUUUCACAUCUUGUAGCUAAGAAGUCGAGUUCAGGUGAUUCUGUGGCUAAAUUGCAGGGAUUUAAUCAAACCAUAGAAGUCCCUAGAAUUAAACCAAAGGUAGAAGGACCAUAAAUCUAUGGCGUGUAACCCGCUGGUUCAGAAACUUGUCAGAGCAAAGUCUUCUCCUGGGUCUUAAAAGUUUUCCCCGCUCUCAUUCAGUAUCCUGUGACCCAGACAUUCUCCAGCUGCGUUUGCUGUUCAUGCUUGUGGGCAGUUAAGGCCAAUUGGAGUUGGCAGUUGCUGGGGAAGACCAGCCCAUGACCUGCUGCUGCAAGUCUGAAUGACGUUCUUCCUCAAGGCAACAUAAAUGCUGUUGCCCACUUCAAGGAAGAAGCUCAUUUACCUUGCACACACUGACAGCAGGAACAUUACAUGAAGUCUGUCUACAGUACUUCUUGUUACUUUCUUAGACAAGUUAAGUGACUCUGUUUGCCUGCUUGUCACAGCUCUGCAGACCUGCCAGCUUCUCCCCAAAAGGCACAACUUAAUCUGAGACCUGUUAGAUACAAGUAGAUGUUUUGACUGGGCUGUCCAUGGGAAGAGCAAUCUGGAAAGCCUUUCAGGGCCCGUAAUUUGGGAAUCAUUUUGGUUAUCAUUCUCAUCAUGGCCUUGGCCUGUCAAAAGCAGUAAGGAUCCAUCCUGUCUAGAAUUACGGCUUUUGUUUAUAUAGGCUCUUGCGAUGGCACCAUAUUUUAGAAUGGAAGUAAGUGGGUUUGAAAUGAGAAUUUUAAUGUCUGAAUUUUAACACAUGUAUAACCUGAGCAAGAAAAUAUCCAGUUUAAUCAUUGAAAGUGAUCCUAUACAUAUCUGCUCAGAAGUAAGCCCCAUAAAGGUCAGUAGGAUUAUCUGCUACCAGGUAAAAGUGUGUAGGAUUGCAGCCUUAAGUCCAAUUUCCCACUGAUACUACUACAUAGAUAUCUUAACCAGUGGUGUAAAUCUGAUCAUUUUAAUUUGCAGUUAAAUUGCUACAUUAUUUAGAAUAGGAUACUUUGUUUAAUUUUUUGAGAUAACGUGAUUUCUUUAUUAGUUUUCAGUAAGAAGAUAGUUUUCAGUGCUUUGAUAGAAAAGUUUGCUGGUUAGCUUUAUUAUUUGAGCUCCCUCCCCACCAGAGCAACUGUUUCAUCUCCUAUUUGUAAUCUUUAACUUGUAGUAGCUGUACUCUCUCUCUCUCUCUCGGUGAUCCUGCGUGGUCGAGGAAGAUGGUCUUCCAUGAACACAAUCUUAGUGGUGUGUCCGUAAAUGACUGUGGAGGACGGUUCUGGAUCCGCACAUCCUUUCAUAGUGUGGACGUAGUUUACGGGUGGGAGUUGAUCAUGAAGACGAUUUGUCAAAUGUGCCUUCCUCUUUGCUUGUUUCUCCCUUUUGUCCUGAAUUUGUGCUUCUUCAAAAUCUACCAUACCUUUUGUACAGGCUAUUCUCCAUGAGACUUUUUUUUUUUGAUGGGUUUUGGAAGACACCUGUGCGCUAAUUUGUUUUAUGUGUGGAGAUCAGUGCACACUGAUCCAUGCACAGUCUUUGCAGAAAGGCUCUUUUCCGAUAGCAUGAGUAUCACAACGGUAUUCUCUUACUGCUGCAGCCUUCAUGCACCUUCACAGCCGUCAUAACAUAUCGCUAGUUAUCUUUCACCUGUUUUGCCAUUGAGGGCUUUUGGGAUACUUUUGGGGGACUACUUGUUGCCCACACCUCUCUCCCCUGUUAUAAUGAACACAGAGCAAACAGCCCAAGGAGAUGGUUCUCAUUUUCAGUUUCCAUUAAGGAGGAUAUUUGAUGACAGAUGUGAGCCUAAGCAUUUGUGCUUUCCUUCAGAAUUGGUUCAUGUCAAAGGAAGAGGGAUGCUUCUGACCCAAUUUGGUGAAUGUACUUAAGUUCUCUUAACGUGUGCUUCUGUAGUCAAAAUAUAGCUCACCUGAGAGGACCUUGCCUUAAAUGGUCACACUGAAUAUUGUGUAACAAGAGCUAUCUUAAAUGAUCCUGGUACACAAAGGCUGAAUCUGCUUUUUAAAAGUCCGUGGAGGUUGUGGCUUUCCUUGUACAGUAAAAGGGUUUUGAGAAUAUUGUUGCUUCAGGGUGUAUGGAGUUCCAGCCAAGUGAUACUCUUCUAGAAGAUAAGGAGCAUAGAAAAGUCAGUGAUAUGUCUGCUUUUGCAUUCAGCAACCAGAUGAAGCGUUUGUCCUUCUUAGAAGCCAAUGGGCACUCAUAUUUGAUUAAAGCAUGUCCAAAUGGAAACAGUCUAAAACAUUUGCCUUUCCUGCCAUUGUAUCACAAGCACUUCAGAGCUUUUGGAAGGAAUAACUCUUAAUACUGUGUGUUUUUCAACAUCUUGUUCAGAUGAAGUUUCUGUAGUUUGCAGAAAGAAAUGGAACUGGUUUUAUUUAUGUCUGGAGGUGGGGCAUCCAAGAAGGGUAAUUCACGGCUCAGAAGAUGGUGUGAUGGUCCAGAGCAGAAGUUUCCACUUAGGGAUGAAAGAGGGAUAAGGAAAGUGUGCAGCUAUGCACAGGCAUUUGAUUCCUAAAUAUAUUUUUGGGUAGACCAACUAAAAUUUCUUAAUAUUUUGAAAGGAAUGUCUAGCCCUUGUGGUUGCAUCUAUAAGUUAAGAAUAAAGGCAAUAAAGGAGCAAGUCAAAGGAUCACAACUGGAAUUAAGAGCCUAAGAAGAACUCUACUCGAUCAAGACAAAGGCAUCCUGUGGCAAACCAAGUGCAUUGGCUACCUCACUGCUAUCCCCGAAUUCUAGACUAAGGAACUGCUUUUCACUUAAAAUGUUAUUUCAAGCUCUUAUAUCACUGUAUGAAGACUGAACUGAACACAUUAAAUCUGCAACCAGGCCAUGUGUACUUCACAUAAGGUCUUGUUGCAGAAGCUGGCAGGGCAACAGGGAAACGAACAGUUAAAUCAUUUUGUGGCUUGUUGGAUUUGGAUACAGUUCUGUGGUCUCUAAACAAGAUUGCUCCUGAUGUAGGAUUUACAGUUGGGUCUUGUAUGGCUUUGACAUAGCUUGAUAAAAUCGCCCAUUGCUACAGAUGAGUUCUAAAGCAGAAACUUGUGCUGCCAGAUGUUCACAAAAUGUUGCAAAGCAGAUUUCCUUGCUUGGGUGGGGCUUAAAAGGAGGCAGCUUUUGGUUUUAUUGUGAAUUGUUCAGCUCAUCUCUCAUUUUAUUGAUCUACCUCAGAGUAUGGAUAGAUAAGGCAAAGUCCACAUUAAAUUUCACAGUUGUCGUGCACAGCAAAAAAGGUGGUUUAUGUACAGAUUAAAAUAUAAUGGAGGUUUGGCGAUAGUAACUAAACAGCAGUAACAUUUGUACUAUAGUAUCACAUCAAGCAUAUAAUUUUUAGAUCAGUAAUACAGAAAAAAAUAGCUGUUACAGGAUAAUUUUGGUAAUGUUGAGAUUGAUGAGUGACGUUUUCUGUUGUUACAUUGAUUGAUUGAUUGAUUGAUUGAUUGUUAAAUUUGUAUAAUGCCCUUCACCUGCAGAACUCAGGACAGAUCACAACAUAAAAAUACAGUACAAGAUAAACACUCUGGAGGCUUAAACCACUGGUGUGUGUGAGUCCACCCAUCCAUUCGCUAGUGCUCUAGUAUUUACGCAUUCAUUCGUCAUUCUCAGCUCAGUCCAUUUUGUACUUUAGAUGAAGUUGGUUCUUGUCUGUGAAAUGCGUCAUGCCCCAAUAAACCCAUCUGUAAAUCUAGCAUUUUCUUGGUUUAGAUGUUUUGCCUGUGCCCUGUUUUCGUGCAUGGGACUAUUCCAAAAGCCUAGGAUAUAGGCUUCAAAUUUCUGAGCUCCCUGGAUGCCUGGGAUAUAGGGCCAGCCCAAGACAUUUUGGCAUCUCAAGCAAACCACAAAAUGUUGUCUCCUUCCCUGCCAGGGAAGAUUUGGUGAGUGAAGAUCUACAUCAGGAAACAGAGGGAAUAAAGAUCUACAUUGGAAUCUGCUGACCCUGUGGAUCCUGUCACCUGAGAUGGUUGCCUCACCUUGCCUCAUGAGUGGGCCGGCCCUGCUAGGAUAGUUCUUCUCUCUAAGCCUUGUUCACUCUGAGCCAGCGUUUGAAAUUUGUCAGGUGCCAGGCACAUUUGGCACCUGACUGUCAUCCACUUGCAACCAAGAUGGCACCUGAUGUCUCCACCAUCAGAAGGUGCAUCCCUGGGGAUCCUUGGAUCUGGACUGUUUUCAUUGCCUUCUUGCAUUCUGCAUACCACACAGUCAGUUUUGUGUUUUGCAGGUGAAGAAUUUUAAAGACACUUGUUUACAUUGCUAGGCUUGUUCAUGCCAUCUGUUCUCCUCAGGAAGCCUUUUAUGUGCUUGUAGAAAAGAGAGAUCGAGUCCACAUUGUGGAAAAUAUAUGCUACUUUUGAAUUUGACAAAUGAAGUUUAAUCAUGGUGUUAUCCCUGCUUGUGAUUAAAAACACGACUGAGUACCAAACUCAACUCUUCCUCUCGUCACCCCAGGCUGCAAAAUAGUCCCAGUGAUUUGCCAGAUCAGCUGCUUUGGCUCAUUACUAUUUUAUAUCACCCUUUCUGAAUUAUAUGGGGUUGUCAUGCUCUGCUAAAAAAAGAUUUGGCAGUUCUUCUUAUGCUCUUCAAUUUUUUAGCACACUCCCUCCAUUUGAGUGAAGGACACUAGUGCAGCUAUUUUAAUCAUGUUGCAACAUUGCCCUUGUUUUUGCUAAAUUUGUCAAGUGGACUUUCUAGAAAAGGGGAAUAAUACCAGUAACAAUACCAGUAACAAUAAUAAUACUUUAAUUGUUUAUACCCCACCCAUCUGGCUGCAUUUCCCUGCCACUCUGGGCAGCUUAUGACACAUAUAAAAACAUAGCAAAACACCAAACAUUUAAACUUCCCGAUACAGGGCUAUGUGGUCCGGAACUAAGUUUUCCCAUUCAGCAAAACUAAAGCAUAGUAGCAUGUCAACCAACUAUACUAUUUUUGAGCUAAGUACUAGCAAUAGAUUAUGUUUCGUAAUUUUUUCUGCAAAAACUGUUGAAAUUUAAUUGACAUAUUUCUCCAGCGCAUGCUGCAGUCUGAAUGCAGGCUCCUGUGGUUUGGGCUCUGGCCUAUUCUUCUAGGGAACAGGCAGCAAUGUUGUGCUGAAGUGUAGACAGGACUCUUGAAUUUUCACAAGAUUAUCAGAUCCUCUUUCCCUUUUAGAGCAUAAAUUAUACCACCCGUAUCAAGGGUGAGAAAGCCAUAACAACAACAACAACAACAACAACAACAGCUUAUUAAAUAAAUAAAUUUGAGGAUUCAUCUGAGGAUCACAUGGCAGUUUAUAACACAAAAACACAAAAAUACAUAACAUAGCAGCAAACAAAAACAAUACUCCCCCCCCCCCAGCUUAAAAGGCCAUAGAUUGUUUAAUUAUCCAAAGGCCUGGGAGAAGUUGUAACCUGAAUCAAAUUGUGCAUAUAGUAGGUGCUGUGAACACAAAGUGCUCCUGACACCUUAAUUUAUUAAAAAUAAAACUUAAUUUAUAUUUUUGUGUAUAAAUUUAUUAGAAGCUCUUAGUAUUAGGAAAGUUUGUGUUGGUUGGUUGGCCUUCAAAUUUCCUGUCAAGGUUAAAAGGGCCAUUUCUGGUCUAUUGUGCUUGUUGGCAGUUGUAACAGGUAGGUUGUCACGGCUAAAAUGGCCGCUGCUUCUUUAAUGCGAAUAAAGCUGGGUCAGCAUGACUCAGCGGCCUGCAGCAGGUUGUAUAUAUAAAGUGAGAAAUGUUAGUUUGUGCUGAGGCUGGAGGUUGGGUUGGUUGGUUAGUGCUGGUGUGUAUAGUUAUUCAGUUGUGUUUUGCACAAAGACUUUUAAGAAUAAAACUCUGCAAGGAUAUUCUCGUGGACUCUUUUAUGCAGACAAGGGUCCGAGGACCAGGCUGAGGAGACAAAGGGAGGUCAGAACCCUUUCCUUCUUUUUUUUGCUUUUUACAAACACUGACAGGUUAUGGGCCCAGUGUUUCUGAGCAUGUGCAGAGUGCAGAAUGACUGACAGCAUCUCAGCAGGGAGCUGGUGAGUCCUGGUGGUGCCUGGAGCCAGUGGCUGUGCGUUGGAGCAGUUGGUGGCAAGCUGUAACUGUCUGCAGCGACGCUGGAGCGGCUAGAGUCUGAGGAUCAGCAAAGCACUCAGCGUCGGCUACUGGAACAGUUUGAACUGCUAGAGGGCCACAGUAGGCGACUCACAGAGCGGCUACACCAGUUGCAGAGCCAGGCGGGACCUGAGGGUCAACAGAGGCAGCAGCUAGAAGCCGGUGAGUGCCAGCCAGGACCAUCCAGUUGGACUCUAAAGAGAGAGUCAGGAGAGAUUGCUGGAGGCCCCACAGAAGGGGCUCAGCAAGCACCAGCAGAGAUGGCAGAUUUCCAGUCUUCCCAAGUUGUGACUAUUGGGGGAGGCAUUCCUUUUGAACUUCUCUCAGAAAACAUGCAGCAGUUGUUAAACAUGCAGCAGUUGUUAAGGAGAGAUGGACUAUGGGACUGUGUUGAAACUGAGGUUUUGAGACAGGACUCUGCUGAGAAAAAACGGCUGGAUGAAAGGGCCCGUGCCCAAAUUAUGCUGUGUUUGAGCAACUCUCAGUUAUUGCAUGUAGCAAAUGCCAGCACAGCGUUUGAGUGCUGGAAUUUAUUAAGGGCAAUGCAUGUCAGAGAAACUGCUGGAACUAUCAUUUCUCUGACCAGAAGGCUGUUCAGGACUGUUAUGAAAGAAGGUGAGAGUUUGGCAACUCAUCUUCAAACGCUGAAAUCUCUGUUUCUUCAACUACAACAGAGAGGUAAGCGUUAUGAUGAGACUGACCAAACCUACAUUAUCCUUUCAAAUUUGCCUGAAAGCUGGUUGCCUGUGAUUAACAGCAUGGAGGUCCCCGAGAUCUGACCCUUGAGUAUGUGGUUGGAAGAUUGACCGAAGAAGCAGAAAGAAGGUCAGAUAGACAGGCUGAACUCCAAGAGCGGAGGAGUUACAGCCAAGGGGGCCAGCAGCAGAAUCUGCCAAUGGAGCAACGCCAAGGUUUGGACUUGGCCAUGGUGGUGAGGAGGUGCUAUAGAUGCAACCAACCCGGGCAUCUCCAACGUCAAUGCAGGGCAAGACUUCCAGGAGAUGAUGUGGAGCAGAGACAGCAAUCAACGCAGAAAUGUAGGGAGAAGGGGUUCUCUUCAGGGAAGAAGAACACGCGUUCUGCUCAGUUUGUGUCUGCAUUUUCUCGAGAGGAGAGGAAGAUACCUCGAGGAACAUGGUUGCUGGACUCUGGGAGCAGCAGGAUUAUCUGCAACAGUCGGGAGGACUUUAAGACCCUGGAGAAGCCAACCGAUGGAAAAGACUCAUCUAUCUUGCUGAUGGUCGUAGAAGCAAGAUUGAUGGCCAGGGAACAUGUUUCCUGCAGUGCUUGAACACUACUCUACCAGAAACUCUGUUUGUCAGCAGUUUGGACUAUUGUUUACUGUCUGUAAGCUGUUUGAUUAAUGCAGGGUAUAGUGUUAACUUCACACGGGAUGGCUGUCUGAUAAAGAAUGGAACUCAGGUAUGUGGCCAUGCAAAGUUGGAAAAUGGGUUAUAUGUAAUGCAGGACAAGCCUGUUAAAGCAGCCCAGGUGGUUCAGGAUAAUUUGCCAGUUCAUAAGGGGUGUGUACAUGAACUGCACAGAAAACUGGGUCACGCCAAUUUCCAUGUGCUUUCAGAGAUGCAAAAGGUGUGCAAGAACCUAAAAGUAAAUAGCUGUAACUGUUUCCUAGAUUGCAAUGUAUGUAAAAUGGCCAAAUCUAAGAGGAAGCCUGUGGCUUCUAAAAGUGACAGAGUAUCUAAAGAGGUUUUAGAACUUGUCCAUUGUGACGUGAUAGGCCCUUUUCCACAGAAGACUGAAGGGGGCGCCAGAUAUGCUUUUCUGGUAAUAGAUGAUAAAUCAUGUUUUAGUUGGUUGUUUUUGUUAAAGCAGAAAUCUGAGUAUUUCCCCACAUUCAGAGAAUGGGUUGCCCAAGCUGAAAAGCUCUUCGCUCGCCCUGUUGUGCAGUUGCAAACAGAUAGGGGCGGAGAAUUUCUGAACAAGCAAUUUGGGGAAUGGUUGCGACGUAAGGGGAUCACUCACCGUUUGACUAACCCUUAUAGCCCUGCUGAAAAUGGUCUGUGUGAAAGACGUGGGGCUGUAAUACAGUCAGUAAAGGACUGCCUGCUAGUGGAUGCAGGAUUGGGCCACAACCAUAGGCUGUGGGGCGAGGCUUUUCUCACAGCGAACUUUUUGAUUAAUAGAACCUGGUCUAGCUCUAUAAAAGAUAUUCCUUAUCGUGUAUUGUUUGGGAAAGAACCAGAGUGGACAAUGCUCCAUAACUGGGGUUCUUGGGCACAUGUAAAUAUCCCCAAAGCUCAGCGCCAGAAAGGGGGCGCUAGAGCACAGAAACUGCGGUUUGUGGGAUAUCAGUCCUAUGGCAAAGGGUGGCGUUUCAAUCUACGCCCAGGACACGUGGUUCUGUCACGAAGUGCAGACUUUGCUGACCAGGACAGAUGGACUGCGAUCCAUGUCAACCCAGAUUGCCUACUGCCCCUGCAAGUAAGAGAAGAGGCUUCUUCUCAGCCAUUGGCAACGCAGGAGCAGGAUGAGGAGGAGGCACAGAUUUCCCCAAAAGAUGAGGCAAUAGAUAAUAAUACUUCUCUAGAGGAAGAGGAAGAAGAGCCAGAGAUAAGGGGGGAAGAAGAAGUGGUUGUGCCUAGGCGCUCCCAGCGUUCAAACAAGGGUGUACCUCCUCAACGUUUGACCCUAGGAGGAGUGAGAGGAUGCAAUGUGAAUUGUGUGGAACCACACAGUUAUAAUGAAGUCUUAGACUUACCCCUUGGGGAACGUGCUUUGUGGGAACAAGCUAUGAAAGAAGAAAUGGGCUCUUUUAAACGUAACAAAGUGUUUGAGGUCAUAAUGUCGCCACCUGGUGGCAGAGUGGUGUCAUGCAAGUGGGUUUACAAAAGGAAAACCCUUGCAUCUGGGGAACCACGUUUUCGAGCCAGAUUAGUAGCCAGAGGGUUCACUCAGAUUAAAGGGGAGAGUUAUGAUGAAGUAUUUUCUCCCACUGUAAAGAGUGAAACUUUUCGUUUAAUGCUUUCCAUUGCUGCUGUAAGACAACUAGCAGUGCACCAUUUUGAUGUUGCUGCUGCAUAUCUGCAUGCAGAUUUAGACCAUGAAGUGUUAAUGAGACAACCCCCUGGUUUGAAGAGGGGAAUGGUACAGUCUGGCGUUUGAAAAAGGCUGUUUAUGGUCUCAAACAAAGUGGAAGGUGUUGGAACCAGUGUUUAAAUGAAGCCCUUGUAAAACUUGGUUUUAAAAGGAGUGUGGCUGAUCCAUGCCUGUACACCAAGGGGAUAGGCAACAAAUAUCUAAUGCUCUUAGUCUUUGUUGAUGAUUUGCUUGUGGCAGGGAGUUCCACAGAUGAGAUCCAGAAGCUCACAAGUCAACUGGAAAAGAGGUUUAAGCUUAAAGCCUUAGGACCUGUAAGCAAUUACUUGGGAGUAGAAGUAAGGCAGGAAGCUGAUGGAAGCUUCCUAUUGAGCCAGAAAGAGAAAAUUCUUCGUUUGAUAGAGCAGUUUGGCGUGGAAAACUGCAAGCCAGUUCAAACUCCCAUGACACCAGAUUUCCCAAAGACAGUGUGUGAUGAUGAAUUUGAUCAGCCUGAGUUGUAUCACUCAAAAAUAGGAUCACUGCUGUAUUUAAGCCAGUGGUCAAGGCCAGACAUUGCAUGUGCUACAAAUGUUCUGAGCCAACGUGUAUCUAAACCCAGUACUGCCGAUUGGUGUGCUUUGAAAAGGCUUAUCAGAUAUCUAAAGGGGACAUUAAAUGUAUGUUUAAAGAUAUCUAGUACACAAGACGAAAAACUAGAAGUAUUUGUUGAUGCGGACUGGGGAAGCUGUGUAGCUACUAGAAAAUCUACAAGUGGAAUGGUUAUGAUGUUUGCCAAUUCCAUAAUUGGAAAAGAAACAAGGAUUUGUUGCGACCUCAUCCUGUGAGGCAGAAUAUGGGAGCCUAUCGCUAGCAUGCAACGAAAUCAUGUGGUUUAUACAGAUACUAAAAGAUCUAGAUUGUAAAGUAGAUUUACCUAUCCAAGUGUAUGAAGAUAGCCAAUCGCGCAUUGCAUUAGCGGGCUCGGAAAUAAUGAAAUCUGCAUCAAAACAUAUUGCUAUCCAUCAUGCAAAUGUGAGAGAUUGUGUACAGAAUGGGGUAAUCAAACUGGAGUAUUGUCAAUCACAAGAUAAUAUUGCUGAUUUGUUUACCAAGCCUUUGCCAGCAACAUGUCAUAAUGAAUUGAUGACAAAACUGGGUUUAUGUAUAUAAUGUAUGUAUGUAUUGUUUCUGUUGGGGUUUUUCGCAUUUAAGAAACAGAAGGGGUGUCACGGCUAAAAUGGCCGCUGUUUCUUUAAUGCGAAUAAAGCUGGGUCAGCAUGACUCAGCGGCCUGCAGCAGGUUGUAUAUAUAAAGUGAGAAAUGUUAGUUUGUGCUGAGGCUGGAGGUUGGGUUGGUUGGUUAGUGCUGGUGUGUAUAGUUAUUCAGUUGUGUUUUGCACAAAGACUUUUAAGAAUAAAACUCUGCAAGGAUAUUCUCGUGGACUCUCUUAUGCAGACAAGGGUCCGAGGACCAGGCUGAGGAGACAAAGGGAGGUCAGAACCCUUUCCUUCUUUUUUUUUUUGCUUUUUACAAACACUGACAUAGCUUCCUCUGCCAAAAAAAAAGAAAUGAAAUGUCCAAAAUAACUAAGCUGAAUGAAAUAUAUUUCUUUGAGGAACUAGUUACUAUUUUGAAUUUGACAUGUGCUGAGAAUGGCAGUUCUUGACAAUUUGUUGUGGGUGCAUCUGCAGUGGUUCAGUCUUGUCUCAGUUGUGCAAAUGUACAAUGGAAGCUUCCAAAUAUGCGAGUGGGCAUUUUGCUUCCAUCCCUGCUACAGUUUUGUUUGACAUCCUUUUAUAUAUUUGAACAUGGCUAUCAUAUCACCCCUUAACCUCCUCUUCUCCAGGCUAAACAUGCCCAACUCCCUUAGCCGUUCCUCAUAAGGCAUCGUUUCCAGGCCUUUGACCAUUUUGGUUGCCUUCCUCUGGACACGUUCCAGUUUGUCAGUGUCCUUCUUGAACUGUGGUGCCCAGAACUGGACACAGUACUCCAGGUGAGGUCUGACCAGAGCAGAAUACAGUGGCACUAUGACUUCCCUUGAUCUAGAUGCUAUACUCCUAUUGAUGCAGCCCAGAAUUGCAUUGGCUUUUUAGCUGCCGCAUCACACUGUUGGCUCAUGUCAAGUUUGUGGUCAACCAAGACUCCUAGAUCCUUUUCACAUGUACUGCUCUCAAGCCAGGUGUCCCCCAUCUUGUAUUUGUGCCUCUCAUUUUUUUUGCCCAAGUGCAAUACUUUACAUUUCUCCCUGUUAAAAUUCAUCUUGUUUGUUUUGGCCCAGUUCUCUAAUCUGUCAAGGGUUUGCAAAGCAUGUAAGCCAUGCUUUGCAAACCCACUUCAAACCAUGGUUUCUAAUUCUGGUUGCUGAUUGAUUGAAAACCUGGUUUGCCAGUUUGGUCGUCUUGCCAAACCAAGAUGCCUAAUCUGUUGUCAAAGUCUCUGAGGAGUUGUGUGAGGAACAAAGUAACCAAUUUGGAAGAAUUGUUGGGUGUGCAUUGGCGAAUGCAUGGUAGUAGGUUAAAAAUUAGCUAAAUAUGAAAAUGCAAUGAAAAUGAUUAGAUAUGCAAAGUAAAUCUUGUGCUUCCAAUUUAGUUUUGGUACUUCUUUUUUAAAAGGAAAUUUCUUUUGUUAAAAAAUCCUUCUUUCUCCUUGCAAUCAGGUUGGUGGAACAAAAGCUGGCGUAGUCCGUUUCCUGGGGGAGACUGACUUUGCGAAGGGAGAAUGGUGUGGCGUUGAAUUAGAUGAACCCCUAGGGAAGAACGAUGGUGCAGUAGCUGGAACAAGGUUAGUUCAAAAUCCAGGAAGCCCUUGGAAGGCAUAUCACUGUCUCUGUGCUUUCACACAAGGGCUCUGCACCUGUGCUGAGCCAACUUCUGUCUGUUCCAGCAUCUUAGCCAGGGAGCUUGCACUCACUCCACGUCCUACUCAAGAGAAAUCUCUUUUUAAUCUCAACUGCACAUGCAUCAAGGAGCGGAAUGAGCAGCUACCCACAUGGUACUGCUCCAGCUGCAGCUUAGGGAACUUGCUUUCUAUGAGUCACCUUCAAACUCCUAUUUUGUUAGUGAGCCUUUCCUUUUUCCUUAGUUUUCUUGUUAGUAGGCCCCCCCUCUUUUUCCACCUUUCCCGUUUCGCAUCUUGUGUAUCUUGUGCCCACAUUCCCCCCAUGACACAGCAAGUUACUUUUUCCAAAGAUGCGAGGCAGGGGGAGUAUCAAGGGAACAUCACCAUGGGUGAAAGCUGCCAUUUCAGACCAUUUGAUGGCUUCCCAUGCGACAAAAAUAUAUGGCACCCCUUUGGAAUAAGCAUGCAUAAGAUGUAGCAGCACAUUAAAUGGAUACCAAAGUAAACAGGAACUGAUAUUUGGCCCAGUUCCUAAAGGAGGUAAUACUAGAAACUGUGGGGUUAACAGAAUUUUCACAAGGUUUCCCAACUCCUUCCACUCUACAACCAUUCCACCUGCCUCCUGCAUAGGGGCCAUCUGCCCCAGGUGGAAGCAUGGGCACUUACCCCUUACCCAUUUUCCCCACUCCCCUUUUCUGGUACAAAUGGCUUCUUCAGAUUGUCUGCACUUCUGUGGCCACACACCAUCCCCAAAACUUGGCUCCUGCAUGCAGGCCGCUCAGAAGGGUCUCUUAAAACAGAAGUGUAUGAGAGGUUAUGAAAAGUGAAGGAAGGAGAGUGCAAACUGUUCACUAAACAUCUCUGGAAAUGCUGAAUAGUGAGCAUCAAGGUGAUGCUAAUUUUCAAGCUCUCCCCCUAAGUCGUGCAAUGUGGAGUCAGUCUUAUGUAGACAAGGAGGACCUAUUACAACAACAACAUUUUAUUACGAUCGUAGACCGUAGGGGUACAAUCAUUUAAAACCUUUUUUAAAAAACAACAACCUAAAAUGAGUUAAAACAGAAUAUAUAUAUAAAAUCUGCUGAAUUAAAAAAAUAGUCUCUCCAAGCCAUUACAGAGCAAUUGCAUUUCUUCAUAUACUGCUGUAGUCCUAUUGACUGUAUGGCAAUUUAACAUGUAAGCAUCUCACUGAAUUGCUUCUGACCCAAGGUAUUUAUGACUAGUGCUGAUGUGUGUGUGUCUUUGUGAAUGUUUGCAUGUGCAACAUACUUGAAUAGAACUAUACAUUAGCAAUUAUGUUUGUCUGUGGAGUAUGGCUUUCAUUAAUGGUGUUCUCCCCUCCCCCACAGGUACUUCCAGUGCCAGCCCAAAUAUGGUUUGUUUGCUCCUGUCCAUAAAGUUACCAAGAUUGGCUUCCCAUCAACUACACCGGCAAAAGCCAAGGCAGCGGUCAGGAAAGCCAUCCCAAUGCCCUCCAGCUUGAAACGCAGCCCAAGUGCCUCUUCCGUCAGCUCACUGAGUUCUGUGGCCUCAUCAGUAAGCAGCAAGCCGAGCCGUACAGGACUAGUAAGCUUACUUUCUGACUGCAUGCUUUACAGAGAUUGGCAUUGCAUGUGGCCUGUGCUUGGCUCCUUGGGAAAGACACGGCCCAUUUUCCAUGGUCCAUUUUCUUCUGUUUUGUCUUCGCUUAAAGCAUGCAUGAAAAGAAUCUUAGCUAGCCCUGGAGAAUAGAAGAGUUAGAUUAUUUUUAAGCUCGUAGACUUAAGGUUUAACUCAAACUAACAGUUGCUACUUAAAAUAAGAAAGAGGCAUAUGCUUUAAUUAUGAAACAAAUGGGUUUCUGAAUAACCUGCCUGGGAUCUACACCAUAACUUCCCCUGGAAUGCAUUUUGUGGUAAAACUGGGCGGAAAGCUUGAAUGCACCUACGUGGAAGCAGUUCCUGCUGGAGCCAGUAGGGCUUACUUCCAAGUAACAGAUCUAGGCUUCAGUCUUGAAUGCACUUAUGAGCCAGUUAAGUCCUUUUGGACAACUGGACUCAGAUGCGCAAUGGGGCUGCACUGUUAAAAUGGUACCAUGGCUUCAUUCAUUCGUUUUUUCAGUUCUGGCCCUCCUUAGUUUAAAGAGAAAUUAUUGGUGUGUAUAUAUAUGUAUGUGUGUGUGUGUGAAUGGUGUGUCUUUUUCUUUUUUGUAUUUCCACACACUUAUUUUCAACACUGUUUUGAAAACAGUUUUUUCCACCUCUUUGUUACAGUAAUCAUGGUUAUAUGUAACUUCCCAGUUGCUGAGUACGUAUUCAAGUCAGAAGUAUUUUUGUGGGCUGAAGCCUCUUUCUUUAGUUUCUAAACCAUGUUAUCUUAUAAGAUCUGGACACAAGAAAAGUGUAGAGUUUGUAUUAUGUUAAAAUCUUAUAUGCUGUAGAUAAAAUGCUUAACCUUAAUAUCUAACUUUUAAUAUUCUAACCUUUGGUCACCUGCAGCAAAUGGAAAUUUGCAGCUCUGCCAAUUAGUUUAUACUGAUGGAUUAAAAUUAGGCCAAACAUCACAGAAAGUUUUGUUUUUGUUUCAUAUGACCAUUCUUAAUAACUUGGUAACAAUGAUCUAUUGCAGUUUGUUAUUCCAUGCCAGCUAUUAGAAAAGAUGGCAUUGACAACAUACGGUUUUUAAAAAACCAUUAGAACCAAUAUAUUUUGGUUAAUAAGAUGGGUAGAAUUGUUAAUAGAACUAGCAUUUAGCCAUUCAGCAAAGUGAAUGUGACAAAAAAUGUGAGUUUUUAAUAAAAGGGUAAGGGCUGCCUAAUCAUAAAUAAUUCCUUGCUUCUCUGAUUCACUAUCUGCUGGGAUUUGUGGUGAUGGAAUCCCUCUUGCAGUGUCUUCUGAGCAAGGGGCAACUGUUAACUAAUCACAGAGCCUACUGAGUCAAUUUGAGCAGGUUAAUUCCAAUUUCCACCAGGAUCUUAAAAAUGGCACUCCCAAAAAUUCUAUUCAUUAGUCCAUUUAAGAUUCCUUCCAAUUUUGGUAGGGUAGAUGUUUCAAUAAAGACAGCAAGAACUGGUGAUGCAUAUUUUCUACCCAGAAGUGGGACCCAAGAAUAUUUUUUUCCACAAGGCAUUGGCAAACUGCUUUUUGCUGCAUGUGAUCCUAGGUUGACUUGAAUAAGUGAGAGAAUUCUUUGGCUUAACAGGAGGACGCUCUUUAUAUUUAGCCAGCAGCCAGGCCAAAGAAUGCUUAGCAGCUUAACAAGCUAAUCUGCUCUUGAGGCUCGCAUCUUAGGUUGAGGCCAGCCCUUUGUUUCCCUUUGAACCCUCUGCUUCCUAUCUUCCCCUUGCUGCAUUAAGAGUCUAGCUGCACAGGUAUGUUUGCUUCCUUUCUUGAACUACUAAAAUGAAAAACUGAACAGGAAAGUAAAUACUAGCUUUCUCAGGCAAAAAUUUCCCUAUAAGGUAUACCUCACUGAAGCUGGUGAGCUGGCGGCCAGGUAUCUUCCUCCACCCACUGUCUGGUUACAAGGAGGAGGCACACCCUGUCCCAGAUCUGCUACUGGUGUGAACAACCCUUGAAGAGCCAGCAUGGAGCUGUAGCAGUUUCGUAGAGCUGGUUCCACUGGGUGCCAACAGCAUGCCUGGCCGCCGUGUGUGGCUGUUAUGACAUCACUAGCAGAAGACUGGUGCCAAUGUCACAGCUCUCCACUCCGUCAGCCUCCAUCCCAGGGCUACCACAGCACAUUCAUACUAUCUUAUGUUUACACAGAACAGGAAUCUAGGACAGUUACUAAGGGCCAUUUCCCACAUUACGUGCCAAGGAAACACUGCAUGCAGGUAGCCAUCAGUCACAGCCCGUCCUGCCCCUCUGAAGAGUUUGGCUGUAUGAUAUAUAUAUUUUUCCAUACUUUGUUUUCAGCCCCACCCACCCCCAAAACUAUAUGCUAUACCUGUUAACACUUCAUGCAUCUGGUAAAGUGGACUUUGGUUCACAGAAGCUUUUGAUAUAAUAAAAUUGUUCAGCAAAUUGUAGCAAAACUUGUCAUUUCUUCUGCAACAGACUAAGACUCUUCUGAGAAAUGGCGUACCCCUAAAAAAGUAGUCACAAGAGAGCUUCAGCUCUCAAUUUUCUCUGUGUUCUAGAUAUACUUGUUUGAUGCAGCAAAGUCCCAGUGGUCAGAAGCCAUCUAUGCAAACUCAAGCUUGAUUGUUUCUCUUUCCAACAUGCCACACCCACCACGUCCACACAGCAUUGAUGUUGAUGAUGAUGAUGAUAAUUUAUUUGAACCCCGUCCAUUUGAUUGGGUUGACCCAGGCACUCUGGGCGGCUUCCAACAUAUAUAAAAACAUAAUAAAACAUUGAACCUUAAAAAGCUUCCCUAUACAUGGCUGCCUUCUGGUGUUUCCUAAAAGUUACAUAAUUACUCAUCUCCUUAACAUCUGAUGGAAGGGCGUUCCACAGGGUCGAUGCCACUACCAAGAAGGCCCUCUGUGAUGGAAAUCAUGUGCUGAUUGGACAAAGAGAGGCAGUGAUGUUGGCCCCAUGGCCGCUGCUCCAAUGCAGACUUCUUUGCUGCUCUUGCUCUUGGUAAUCUAUCAAACAAAGCACAUACCAAAAGCCAGGGAAGCAUCCUGUAGAGGCAUGCACUUAGGACUGCUAAUUAAGCUGUCCACUUCUUUGGACUAAAGUGGUACCCAUUGCAGAAUGUGCUAUCUACCCCCUCACUUCAGACCAAAUCAGUCCGUUUGUACUGUGGUGGUCUUGAAUGACAAACAUACACAUGGGUUGGAUCCUGUGAACUGUUUAUAAUCUAAGGGUGGUUCUCCUAUCCCUCACUUCACCUCCCCAUUGCCUGUUUUUGCCCCAUGAUGGAAGAUCUGCCUGUAAACGUAUGCAUACUCAUGCUGCUUAUAGAGGCUGGUGCCCCUCCUUGCGUUGCUUGCCAGUCCCACCUGCCCCCACCUCACUUACCUUUACUCACUCAAGCCCCAUAUCCUCACAGCUCCUCUGUCUCUCUCCAUUCCUGUUUUAUACAAACCUCUGCUAUUGUUUAAAACUGACAUUCUAAAACAUGCCUUUUCUUUUGCUCCCCUCCUCUUCCACAUUUAAGAUUGUGGUGAAGCACUACAAAUCCUCCAAUUGGGGCUGCAUGAUGACAGUCUUACAUUUUUAUGUAUAUAAGAAGAAAUGAUAGAUUGACUCUGUAUGCUGAGUUAGUGUGCUUUUAAUGCUUUUUAAGGUGGUAGCUAGGCUCUUAAAGAUGUAUGUCUUAUCCUUGAAGUUGACAGAAACAUCUUCACGAUAUGCAAGGAAGAUUUCAGGCACCACUGCUCUGCAGGAAGCACUGAAAGAGAAACAGCAGCACAUUGAACAGCUCCUGGCUGAGAGGGACCUGGAGAGAGCAGAGGUUGCUAAGGCCACCAGCCAUGUUGGGGAAGUAGAGCAGCAGCUGGCAUUGGCCCGAGAUGGCCAUGAUCAGGUAGGCCCUUUACCCAUUGAAAUGUGGAUUGUUCUGUUUCCUAGUGCAAGAGGAUGGAUAAGUAAAAAGACUCUGCCAAAAACUGAGAGAGAAGUUUUGCUUGGGUCUGUUAAAGAGACUCCUUCAUUAACAUGGAAAAAAUGACCCGAACCAUCCAACCCCAAACACUUUCUGCACUGGCCAGGAUAAACACAUUAAUUCUGCAUUAGCUCAAUUUUGAUAAGGCAUGUUGUUACUUUCUUGAUGCAGGCAAAUUCAAGGCUUUAAACCACAUAUACUGAUUUUAAGUAAAUGGGUGGCUUGUCUAAUAUGCAUCUUUGUUCAUCAGCGAAUACUGGAAAUGGAGGCUAAGAUGGACCAGUUGAGGGCUUUGGUUGAAGCCGCUGACAGAGAAAAGGUGGAACUGCUUAACCAACUGGAGGAAGAAAGAAGGUAUGCUAAAUUUGUAAUUUGAACGUAUGCAGAAAGAUGUAUUUUGACAUUUUAGAACAAAUUAUAAUUCUUGGUACUCAUUGUGUGGCACUGAGUAAAUCAUCCUUAUAAGUACUUGAUGGUGAUGCUGAUGGAGAACAAAAAGAUUGUGGUGCUGGUGAGGAAGAAGAGAAGAAACGAGGCUGGCUAGGUUCCUUUUCCAUCUUUGCUGUUGAUUUAGUGUGUAACCUCCAGAAAUUUCCCCUCUCUGUAUCUGUACUACAGGCUCAAAUCAGUUUUAUUCCACUUUUAGCUGUAAAGGCCUUCCUCAAAUCAUCUUGGGAAUUGCAGUUAGGUUAGGAUGAUUAUUUCUUUAGAAAUCUCUUGUCUGUCUUCCUUGGGAGGAGGGAAUAUGUUGUCUAAUCUCCGUUCCUCAUUUCUGUAAAAACUGGGAAUAUUAGCAUAGCUAACUUUGCAGGGUUGUAGAGAUGAACCAGAUAAAGGUGGGAGGUAAUUUUGCAUCUGAAAACAGUUUUGUAAAUGUACUAAUACUCUUCAGAAAGUUUUUGAGCAGACUUACUGCUUUAUAUUUAUAUUGUACAGCAGUAAGGCAUAAACUAUUGCAAGUCAUGGAAAUUCCAGUUCAGUGACUGCUUUAAUUUUGUCCCUGGUUGGCCUUGAGCAAGUUGAGCAAGUUGCCAAGCAACCUAAUAGUACCAGUGUACUUGGCUGGUACACAUUCACUGAACUGGCAUUUUGCAGCUCAAGAAAUACUCAGGGCUUCGGACGUCUAGUAUUUCCUCCACUUCCACGUACCCUUGUAACUUGUAACUGAGCAGCCUCAGAAGCAGAAAAACUAUGGAGUCAUCAGAAACUGCUGAUAAGUGCAGAUUUGAAAUUGAGUCUCUCUGCAUCCUACUGACAAACUAGCUGAGAUUCCUGCAUUGCAGGGGGUUGGACUAGACCCUAACCCUUGGGUCCCUUCCAACUCUAUGAUUCUAUGAAACCUCUAGAAUUCUGCUCCUGCUAUGGGUCUUGUUCACACCUUGUGUUUACUGUAGAAUUUUGAGUAACUUCAGAGAAAUGUCAUGCAAUGCUCACACACGAUGUAGUAAAUAGGAUUUUCAUCACAUGCAAGGGCUUUCCUGUGGGAAGCUGUGGGAGGUAUUUUGGUGCCCAGCGCAAGAAGUUCAUAUGGCUAAUUAAUAUAGAGAACAAUCUACUGUGAACUCCUGUGAAAGACAGUUUGAAAUGAAUGGGUUGAUUGUUAGUGUUUUUGCAUGGCCUUUGCUUGUUUCCAUGAUGGUUCCACAAGAAAACUUCCCGGUGGGUUAACAUAACAGUCUAGGGGGCCAUCCAGUCUAGCAUUCUGCUCUCACACUGGCCAUACAGUUGCCUUUGGGAAGCCCACAAGGAGGACAUAAGAACAAUAGCAACCCCCCCCCACUUGUGAUUCCCAGCAGUUGGUAUUCAGAGGCGUAAUGCAUCCAAAAGUGGAGACAGAACACACCCAUUCCAGUAGGUUGUCAGUUCUCCAUGUGACUAAUCUCUGCUCGUAAAGGUAAAGGGACCCCUGACCAUUAGGUCCAGUCGUGGCCGACUCUGGGGUUGCGGCGCUCAUCUCGCUUUAUUUGCCGAGGGAGCCGGCGUACAGCUUCCGGGUCAUGUGGCCAGCAGGACUAAGCCGCUUCUGGCGAACCAGAGCAGCGCACAGAAACACCGUUUACCUUCCCACCGGAGCGGUACCUAUUGAUCUACUUGCACUUUGACAUGCUUUCAAACUGCUAGGUUGGCGGGAGCAGGGACCGAGCAACGGGAGCUCACCCCGUCGCGGGGAUUCAAAUCGCCGACCUUCUGAUCGGCAAGAUCUAGGCUCUGUGGUUCAACCCACAGCACCACCUGCAUCCCAAUCUCUGCUCAUAAUGGCACCCAAAAUGCGGUCUCCGCCAGUCAGCAGCAGCUUACCUCUUUUCACCCACUUCACCCUUUGUUGAGGCUGCAGCAAUGAAGAGCGGUGUUCUCAUCGGAAGUGCUCCUUUCCUCUGGAAAUGUGUUGGCUAUGAAUUUCACUGUGGUUAAGGUAAAGAAGAUAUAUUUUCCCUGUGAACUCCCACAUGCUUCCAGGGAUUGCCAAAGACAUAGAUAAACAUUUCUCUAUAUUUAAAUGGCUUUGAGUUGUAUAAAUUUCCAGAGGUGUAACAACAAAGAUGUGCUGUGUAUAGACCAGCUGUGUAAUACAAUCCACUUGUUUGCCUCAAUGGCCUGUUUUGGAGGAUGUAACAUAUACCAAGGGAAGAAUUAUAUCUAGAACAGUUGAAAGAACUGACACACCUUUUAAAAAUAGCAUGGUCUCAGGCACUUGGAUGUGUAAACUGGCAAGUCCUUUGAGCAGUUAGGUGGACACCUGGCAUCCAAGUGGUCAAGAGGAAGUACUAGAUGUUCUCCUUCAGCAACAACCUGUGUUUGAAGAGGGCAUUGACUGUUCAUAGAAUCAUCUAGUCCAACCCCCUAAAAUGCAGGAAUCUGAACUAAAGCACCCAUGACAGAUGGCCAUCCAACCUCUGCUUAAAGACCUCCAAGGACGGAGAGCCUGCACCCUCCCGAGGGAGACUGUUCCAUUGUCAAGCAACUCUUACCGUCAGAAGGUUUUUCCAAAUGUUUAGUUGGAAUCUCCUUUCUUGUAACUUGAAGCCAUGGGUUCGAGUCCUACCUCCCAAAGCAGGAGAAAACAAGCUUGCUCCAUCUUACAUGUGACAGCCCUUAAGAUACUUGAAGAUAGCUAUCAUAUCUCCUCCUAGUCUCCUCUUUUCCAGGCCAAACAUACCCAGCUCCUUCAAACAUUCCUCAUAAGGUUUGGUGUUAUGAGACAGUGGAAGAGGAUUGGCCCUCUGAUGUCACCUGACAUCAGAUGUCCCCCUGAGGCUGCAGAAGUAAUGGAUGCUGUAUGCUGUCUGCAUGCCCCAGCUGGAAUUGCCUUUGUUUUCCAAGGUGGGAGCAGGGAUCCAUUGCCUCCUUCUAAUUUUAUAGUACUGCUAGUCUGUACCUUUCCAUGGCCAGGAGACUGUCACUUGGUAAUGACAAUACAGAAGUGACUUUCUCGGUGGUAGCACCUACUCUUUGGAUUGUGCCCCUCCCCCUCGGUAGCUCUAAUUCUUAAUUCUUACACUUCUUGCUUUUGUGUAGUGCUCAGUUUUAAUCUAUGCUAUAUAGUUUUAUUCUUUUUUUACUUAGUUUCUUUUGAUAGUUUUUUAAAAAUUUGAUAGUUGUAUACUUUAUGUUGACCACCUAGAGCUAUUUUAUUACAUGGUAUAUAAAUUUGAAUAAGUAAAAUAAAGUAGCUGUGAUGCUUUAUUACCUCCCCCUCAAAAAAGUGAGCAGAUCUUUUUCCUUCUCUUCUUCCUUGCAGGAAGGUUGAAGACCUCCAAUUCCGUGUAGAAGAGGAAUCCAUUACAAAAGGCGAUUUAGAGGUAAAAUGCCUCCAGCUCUGCAAAGCUGAUUGUAUGGGUUAGGAUUAUUCUAGCUACUACUAUUGCAGAUUAUAAACAGAUGAAAAUUACAGGAUUUUAUGCUCUGUGGUUGACAGUCCAGAAAUACACAAGACAAAUAGAGAUACUGUCAUAUUCGUUACUGGAAUAUAUUCUAAAGUUGUGUAGCUUGUAGGAGUACUGAUGGGUUUUUUCCUAAUUCUUCAUCCUGCAUCUGAACAAGUAACUUAGUUUCAUCCAUAUGUUUUUAGUUCCAUCAUUUAUAUAUUUUGCAGGCACCACUCCAAAAUAUUUAUUACAAUUGCAAACUAAAAAUCCAAUGCUAAAGUUUUUAAAAGUUGCAGUGUAUAGCUAUAUCCUUACUGAAAUGAAUUCUGAAGUUGGUAUAUUUUGGUAUGUACAUUAAGGCGCCAGUAAAUAGCCCAGUCCAUCAUUUAUAGUAGAUAUCACUCUGCACUUCUAGACAAUGGCUUUAGUUUCUUAGACUAUGUUCUAUUCAAGUAUUGGAUAAAAUGUGGAUGCUGAGCAUCUUCUUGCUUCAUUGCCAAUACACGUAUUUUACCAAAAUCUGUAGGCACGUUGAUUUGCAUGUUGGGCUUAAGCAGAAAACCUCCGUGCUUACAUUGCUGUUUUGGCUCUUAAUUUAUAACGUUGGCUAUCUUGAAGCUUCUUUAACAUGUUCUUGCUUAGUCUGAAAAAACCAGAAUGUUUAGUCGCUGCCUUUUCCCCUGUAAUAUGUGCAAUGCAAAAUUCAAAACUGACUUGCAGAGCCGCAAGUAGUUUCAAUCUGGAAAUGCUAGCCUUGUAUUGAGAUGUCCAUUUCAAAUCUUCUUUAGUUCAACUUUUACAUUAGUCUUUCAUACACUUUAUCUAGAAUUCAUGGAACACUCAUUUACUCUUUUCAGCCUAUAGUCUUGUGUCCUUUUUGUGUUAUCAGUAUAUACAAAAAACCCCAAUAAUUUUAUUAUUUAUUUCAAUAACUUCUACCCAUCCUUACUUUUUGUGGACUUAGGUUAACAAAGGGUGGAAAUGUAUUAACUUUCUCCCAUUGAAAAGUGGCUGUUCCCUCCCCAUCAUCACCACAGUGAGAAGUUUUAAGUACAGUGUUAUAUGAAGUUGACCAUGGAAAAAUCUUAGAAAUCAGUUUUGCUGGAAAACACUUCGGCUACAUGCCCACUUUGUAUUCUGGACAUAGCGUACAAUUCCUGUUUAUGUAUAAGUUCUAAGAAAAGAUCACACUGUGAACCUAGCAAACCCCCCCCCCCCGUGCAUGUGUACACAUUUGCACGCAUGCACACACACCCGUACAACAGCCUUUGGCAACCUGUGGAACUUCCGUAUCCAACAGUUUCCAUGGGUGGGUGUGCUUGUGGACAGUCCCUCAAUUUCAGGUAAUUUUUGUAUUAUGGGGUCACUGGGAGAAGAGGAAAAUCAUUUCAGAGAGAAAGAGGUGCAAUUCUAUAAAUCCAUCCCAGUUUGAAGAGUCUGAAUGUACCAACUUUUUUCACUGUAUUUAAACUGUAGUGUUAAGCAUUCCCAUGAAUUCUCUUUGUUUUAAUUUUGCUGAUAGCAAAAGAGGCAGAUUUCUGAAGAUCCUGAGAAUGUAAGAGGACAUCUGAAUGUGUGGAGAUAUUCCCCCCGACCCAUUUUAACACAGACAGUUUACCAGUAAAACUUCUUUUUGAUGAUGAUGUAUUUAAACCACUAAUGAAAUAAUCUGCUGUUGGGGCCUAAGCUUCCCUGUUUGUGUGCAUGUAGUUGUGAGAUCCACGGCAGCAUUCUAAAUGUAGGAUCUUGUGUAAUUCUUGUUAAAAAAUAAUGCUGUAUUCAUAGAUUUGGUUUGUGUUUUAUACCCAGUCCUCAAGCUUCAUACAGUGCCCUUAAUUCUAAAGCCUUGUGAUCUUUUUUGUAGGCAGUUAAUCCUGGGUUCUGUUUAAAACCAGCAGAACGCUCAGCCUCUACCAAAAGUCUGUUGGCCAGCCUAGGAGCUCUGACAUAUGUUCAGUGGAUGGCAGUUCAGGAGAUGAGACUCCCAUGUUCCAUGAGAAGAGAGAAAGGCAAAAAGGAGAAGAUAAAAAAUUUAACCUUCAUUUAGCAUAUCUCCCACCUGUUCAGUUUUAAAUGUUUUAGAGAAAUAGUUUCACUUCAUUACAUGGAAGAUUCUCUUCCCUCCUUGACUUGUUUUGCUUGUUGCAAAAGGAAAAAAGUUAGUGGCUUUUCUAAGAUCCCCAGGGACGUAACCGAAACAAAAUAGAAAUAUGAAGCUUGUUUUCAGCUGUGCGUUCUUCCAUGUUCCAUUUGCACAGAGCUAAGUGUAGCAAACCUGGUCUCUUCUGUUCUUCAAAAUCAGGCCAUAGUGUGUUCACAUAAAUCUGCAUGCAAUCUGUCCCUUUCCCCCUUUUCUUUUUUUGGAUACUUUGGGCUUUCCUCAUGCUCUGAUAUGCUGGUUGCCUCCUUUCACUUUUAAUGUAUGGUAACAGGCAUCUUGCCGCAUAGGCGUCUUUGUUUUUCAGGGAAGCUUGCUGAAGUGCUAGCUGUUGGCUUUUUAUCUGAGCGUUUGCUAAAAGGUUGAUGCCACAUCUUAUAGGGUUCUCAGCCUCCCAGGUCAGGGGAUUUGGAAUGAUCACCACCCCAUUUAUUCCAGUUUGUACCUGUAGAAAGGUGCUAGAGCAGAAAUAUUUUUCCUAGUUGUCUGAUGCUCCUUUGCAUUUACAACACCAUAAUUGUAUACAUUUAGGGUAUGAAGGUUUUCAUGGUAUUGAAAGGAAAAACUGCCUUGUUGACUUACAAUGUCUGAAGGCCAAACUGCUAUGAGAAGCACAAGGCAACAGCUAGUAAAAAGCUUGUCAACUCUACGCAGAAAGAAGAAAGAGUCCUGGAGUCCACUUUGCAUGAUGAAACCUUAUUCCAAAAUAAAUUAGUUAAGUUUUUAAGGUGCUAAAGGACACUGAUUUUCCCCCCUUCAACCAACUAAUGCAACUGCCCCUCUGGGAGUUUUUCUGCAGAAAUAAAGUUAUAGAUUUUAUACUGAGGGCCCAAAAUAGUGGGUGAUAUAUUUUUUGUAACUGCAGAGAUGCAGGCCUCACACUUCAAAACUAGAGUGUAUUUUUAAAAAUUAUUUUCUUCCAUACUCCCAAUUUUGUGUAUGUCCAUAUUACUUGCAACAAGUAAGAUACAAGGGCAGCUGCUUUUCUUCUAGAGAUUUCAUCCCUGCCUCUUUUCUGAUUUGUAUCAGAUCUCAAGAAAUGGGAGCCAUUGAUGUAAAACUGAAAACACCUCAAAAAAUUAGCUGUCUUGAGAAACAUCCCUAGGCAGAAAGCAUAAUUCAGCAUAAUCUCACAUUUUUGUGAGUAAAAUAAAAACAUUGUACAGCUAUCAUUUGCCUACAGGCAAUUUUAAAACAGAAUUUAGAAGAGAAUGUCAUACAUGGGACCAAAUCCCACCCCACCCCACCCCACCCAAAACCCCAGUAGAACAAGGUAAUUUCUUCUUAACAGUUCUUCUUGGUAACUAAUUUUUGGAUUUUUACCAUGGAAGAAUUUGAUUUUCCCAGGGUGCUUUUGUGCCUGUCUGCAGGGUUGCCUUACAAGCUCAGCAGUAUGCGUAUGAAGAAGGAGAACAGGGACUGAUCCAGUGACUCGUUUAGAUCCCGUUUUUCUUGCUCCUUUCUUUAUCUGGGAAACUGAAGAGUCAGACACUGCAAUGAUUUACAUCUAGUCCAGUGAUGGUCCUAUCGAGAGGACCAUCUUUUUCAAGGGGACACUGUUGAAGGAGGGAUCCCGGACCAGGUUACCUGAAGGGCUGUGUUUGCCCAUACAAACUUGCCUGAGUCCUUAAGCAGCUUCAGAGGCACUCUUUGGGUCCCCUCCGUGGGCCAUACCAUUGGCACAUACUAAGCACAGGGCAUUAUCAGCAGUGGCACCACAAUUAUGGAAUUCUCUUUGGAGAGCUCAAGUCAGCCACUUUAUUUCCUUUCCUGCCUUUAGAUCAGGGUUGAGUAAUCUGUGGCCCUCCAUAUGUUGUUGGAGUCCAAGCCCCACCAACAGUGGGAGUUAUAGCUCAGCACCCUCUGGAGAAUCAUGGGUCAGCCACCCCUACUUUAAGUGAGCUGUUAAGAAGUAUUUAUUUUAGUAGGCAUUUAGAAUUUAAAAAAACUUGCCUUAAUUGUUCUGUUUCUACCUCCUCUUUAGUGUUACUGGUUGUAAUAUUGUUUAAAUUAAUUGAUUUUAAUGAUAUGUGGCUUCUUCAUUAGUUAUACACAGCUUUAGAAAAGUGCUAUUUAAAUGGCAGGUAAUAAAAAGAAAUACGUCUCAUCCAAUUUUUUGGGUAUACUUGGAAUGGGUUGAGACUGACUGAUCUUUUCCAGUUGGUAUACUAGAGAUGGUGGCUGCUGGUUAUCAUGGCUGUUAUUGUCCCAUCACCGCAAAUGUAUCUUGUACUGAGCUAUGGCUGCUCUCCGGUGAAACUUUUCAGAGAUGCUCCGCCAACACCGUGUUUUACUCACUUUCUAACUUCCGUUGGUUGAAAUAUUCUGUGCUGCAAGUGGUAAAAAGUUAGCCAUACCUCAUUGUUAGCCAUUCCUCAUUUGUUUUUUACACAUAAAAAACAAGUUCUCUAUUAAUUAAUUGAGCUCUUCAAAUCAAUUUAUUUGAAACAUUUAUACCUUGUGCUUCUGGUGUAAAAAUACCACUCAUGGCAGCUUAUAAAAUAAAAUACUGCUGUUUCAUAAAAUAAUUACAAAAAAGGGACAGUGUCAGCUGUUGAAAAACCAAAGAAACAUUGUCUGCCUCAUCAACAAAAAAGCCUGUUUAAGAAAAAUGGCAUUUGGUAAGUGGUGAAGAACAGGAGGGGACCGACUGCCCAUUACAGGACCUGCUGUUCCAUAAUCUGGGUGCAGCCACUGGGAAUGGCCCCCUUUUGUCUCGCCCAGCUGUGCCUUCAAUAGCCCCCCUCGGGAGCUGUCCCCCAAUCCCUACAUCAUUAGCUGCAUGUUCAGGACCAGCCUUAGCUGCUCACAGCGAAGGCACCUUUGAACAAGCAGCUUCUCUUGGAUCUGGCUAAGCCUGCCAGGCCUUCAGGGAGGGCAAAAUCCAACCAGACCUUCCAGAUUCACACCCAGUAAUUAAUUCUGGGGGUGACUCCUCUACCUGACAUGCUAGUCAUGAGGUAAAUAACUACUAAAUACUUUUGUCAUCUAUAUAUAAUGCAGGGCUUCCUUGGAGAGCUCUCUUAUGUGCCUGUACUAAAAGCAGAUGUUGCUUACAAGUAUUCUGAGUUAAAUGUCAGCAACUGAAGGCUUCAGGGCUUCUUAGGAUGCUGUCCAGCCAUUCAUUUGUCCACCUUGCAGCAAAAGAGGUGAGCAGAAAAUGGCUUCUAUAGGCAAAAAUAACUUCUCAAUGUUCAACAAGGAGUUUGGUACUUGUUUUGACCCAGCAACUAGGUUUUCCUUGCAGUCCACUUCAAGGAUGGUUAUUGAUGCCCUAGUACAUCACCCCUCGCUGGUGCUGGUUCCAGGUUUGGAGGGGCCCUUGGACAAGGUGCCGUGUAGUGCUCCCCUCCCCAAAUGAGCCUGCCUCCUCCUGCUCACGGCUGCUGCCACUAUGCACUCCCAUGUGCCUCUCUGGGCCCAGAAGGAAAGGAGAAGGCAUGUGGGGGUUGCAAGACCCCUCCUGGAGGGAACCUGGGACUUAUAGUGUCAGUGUGAAUGUUUUGAUCUUCCACAGAUGGCAGCACCUGUUUAUGGUCAGGAUUCAUAGGCAUGUCACAUGAUACCUGUUCAAGGCAAUUGUGUCUCUUCACAUCACAAAAUCCCCAAAUCCUCCUGCAUCCCUUUUUGGUUUGAAGCAAUUUCCAGCUCUCUGCCUUGGGGAAGGGGCCCCUACCUUUUACCACUUCUGAUCAAUUUUGUAGCAGUUCCUUUUGGUGGGCAUCCUGUGGUAAUUGACUAAUAAGAUGCCCUGAGAAACCCUAGAUCAAUCUUUGGAAGGAAUCCAAGUUACCUUUAGUCAUCCCCCCCCCACACACACACUUAGAUCAAUCUGGAACUUAAUGCCAAUUCAUACAAUUUCUGCGUUUUGGGUGACAAGUGAAUCUCUAAUCUUCUACUCUUCUCUUAAUAGUAGAAACUAUUAAGUACAGCAAGACCUUGAGCAGAAAAGCUUGUAUGUCUCUAGGGCUGCAUUCAGACUUGUCCAGAAGCAGAAAGUGAGUGGAUAUUUUGCCUGCUACCACAAGCCUUUAUUUAUUUUUUAAAGCCAGUCAACAUUUCACAGUGAGCACCAGCAGUCUUGCAGUGGUGAAGGAGGGCCUCAGAGAGUUGUAGGGCUUCAGAGAGUUGAAGGGCCAUCAAGCCCCCUGCUUGAUGUAGGAAAUCCAGAGCGAAAGCAUCCCCAGCAGAUGGCUGCCUAGCCUUGUCUUGAAGAGGUCCAGCGAGGGAGAACCCCACGUAGUUCAUUAGUUCCAUUGCCCAACUACUCCUGCUGUUUAGAAGUCCAGCCAAAAUCUCUUCUCCAAUAAUUUAGAGGAUCUAGUCCUGCCCUCUGGAACAGCACAGAACAAGUCUUUGCCCUCAGGUAUUUGAAUCGCAUCUUACAAAGCAUUAACUAUUCUAAUUUGUGCUGAUAAUUGUCACACUGAUAAAUAACUUUGGCUGCAUGACUUUACCUUGCCAUUUCUUCUUCUUCUUUUUCUUUUUCUUCUUCUUCUUCUUCUUCUUCUCCAUGCUCCUUUGUCUCUCUGUGUGCACAUCUUUUCUCUCAUUUGUCGUCACACACUUUCAAGUCGGUCUUUCUCACCUGCAACAUCACCUUGUUUGUUUUUUCUUUUUUGGUUUUGUUACCCACGUGCCUCUUUUGCUGCUCAUCACUGGUAGAAGACAACUGGUGGCACAUCCUGCAUGUAGCUCCUCUUUCCUCUUGUGCUGGCAUGUGAUGGUGGCACUGUUGUGUUCUCUUCCUUUCCCUUUUUACUAACAGACGCAGACCAAACUGGAGCAUGCGCGCAUUAAGGAGCUUGAACAGAGCCUGCUCUUUGAAAAGACCAAAGCUGAGAAACUCCAGAGGGAGUUAGAAGACACUAGGGUAAUGAACUUCACUGUUUUAAAUGAACAAGACCUGAUUUUGGGUUUUUUCGUGAUGGGGAAGGUUCCUGAGGCUGAAGCUGAAUGGGCAUAAGAUGUCUGGGGAGAAGAUCGGAUAUGUCACCCUGUCUUCUACUGCCAUUACACUGUUAAGAGUACAGUGGUGUUGGGUACAAUUAAACAUACAAUUAAUUUCUUAAAAUGGCUUUCUUACUGUAACAAAAUCCAGGUAAGAUACUUUCAAAUGAAAGAGUAGAGAAUAACACAUCCAAAAGCACAUCCACAGUGAGUGAAGACCUUGCAAUUCUACACAGUCGUUCCUCAGCUGAUGAUAAAAUAGUUUGUUGUGAAGACUAAUUUUGAUGUUUUGGUUCAGUUUAGUGGUGAUUCUUCCUGCAGUGAUUGAUGUUGUAAGGAAAGGCUUUAAAAGUUCUUGGAUAGCUCAGUGCCGCUUUGGUUACUUGUGGGGCUUGUACGGAAACGUGACCUUUUGUGAAGAACCUGAGGGGAUGGAGUUGUCUCGUUAUGCAUUUGUAUACACGCUGCCAUUUGUCUUGGUUAGAAGCAGCAGCCCCAGUCCUGAAGCUGUUUCCAGUAAGAGCUCUGCUGAAGACAGUAAAGUUAGAUGAGGCAAACUUUCCCCCUACACCCUUGGUGCUUCAUCUGAAUCUGGAUCACUUCAGACAGUCAGAGUUUGAAAAUAUUUGUAGCUGUGCCCUGAACUUCUGUUUUGUACUUUUUAGCAGACAUAACACAACUUUUAUUUGAAUAUUUUGCUUUGAAAUGGAAUAGUUUGUGGCUAGAACCUGAAGCAUUCCUUUAACUUUGAGCCUCUGUCAGUUAGACAUCUCACUUCUGGAGGUCAAAACCUGAUUCUUAACUUCAGGCAUGUCAACUUGCUGUGUCCUGCUCCAAAACCUACUUGCAGCUUAUCAAAUCAUCUUUCUUUUGCAUCUGAAUAAGACUCUUAACCAAAUGGAUCAUUUUCAUCCCAGUCGGAAAUGUGCCAGUGUCCAAAUAUUAGCACAUGACACUUGUUCAGAGUCUCAUGGGGAGAGCGGGGGGGGGGGGGAGGAAAGACUUGGCAAAGUUUAGAGUGAGCUUGGGUUUGGAUGGAGGUAGCUUAGUUUAUAGGACUGGGAAGGGAAACUCUUGUCUGUCUACCACAGCCAGGAUUUUAUGAAAAGCUUGUUUUCAUUUAUUCUAGAUGCUUUACAUCCUUCUUCACCAUCCAGGAUGAUUUGGACUAGAACACUUAAUCAGUCCUAUCCAGCACGUACAGUCAUACCUCAUGUUGCCUUCAGGUUCAUACCUUCAGGUUACGUUUUUUCAAGUUGCAUCCCAUGGCAACCCAGAAGUACCGGAACGGUUACUUCCUGGUUUUGCCGCUCGCACAUGCGCAGAAGCGCUAAAUCAUGCCACUCAUGUGCGCAGACAUGGCACUUCUAGAUGCGAACGCUUCGAGUUGUGGACGUGCCUCUGGGACGGAUUACGUCCGCAACUCAAGGUUCCACUAUGCGUUUUUAGUAUAAUCCUAAAAAUGUAAAGGAAAUGUUAGUCUAAGGCCCCUUUUAGUACGGUUGAAAGGGCCAUGACCACAUUCUGCCUCCAGCUCCAGCCAGAGCUAGAUCUGCCUUGUGCUUUACAAACUGUCAAGUAAAAUGUGCUGCCGUUCUAAGCUUUUGACUUAACCCGUUUUGUAUUAUCACUAACUUCAGUCAGAUAACCUACAGAUCAGUUGGAGCUAAAGUGUAAUUUUGAAUAUACCUGAGAACUAUGUGCUUUUGGAGGCAAAGACUUUUUAAAAAGAACAACUAAAUGAUGGUCAUGAAGCUGUUAUAGGCACAUGUUCAGUAGCUUUUAAUUUAUCAUUCCUUGACUUCAAUUUGCAAUAUCACCAAAGGUGGAAAUUUAAAAUAGAUUGCCAAGAUUUAGUUAACCUUCCAGAAACCCUCCUUGGAAGUGCUAGAAAAGCCAAGUUACUGUCCUGAGGAAGUGAUCAGCAAACCUCUCCACUCUUAAAUGAAAUCCACUGUUUUAACCAUUUCUGCCCUCUUUUUGUAUUUUUUAAUGCUUCUGAUGCUAGGUGGCCACUGUAUCAGAAAAAUCUAGGAUAAUGGAACUGGAAAGAGAUCUAGUACUGCGGCAGAAAGAAGUAACUGAGUUACGAGCAAGAUUAGAGUCCAGUAAGCCAGUCAGCAACGUGGACACUUCUCUCUCACUGCUGCAAGAAAUCAGCACACUGCAAGAGAAGAUGGCACUGCUAAGCAAGGAGCAUCAGGAUGAGGUGAAGUCACUGAAAGAGAAGGUUGGAAUCAGUGAAGAGUCAUGCCAUAAGGAAAUUAAAACCUUGUUGGCAUCCAAUGAAAAGAUGUUGAAAGAGAACGAGUCCUUGAAAAUGAAGCUGGAUGCUGCCCACAAGGAGAAUUCAGAUGUGAUUGAGUUAUGGAAAUCCAAGCUGGAGUCUGCCAUUGCUUCACAUCAUCAAGCAAUGGAAGAGCUGAAGACCUCUUUCAGCAAAGGAGUUGGGGCUCAGACAGCUGAAUUUGCAGAGCUCAAGACCCAGAUUGAGAAGAUGAGAGUGGAGCAUCAGCGCGAAACAUCAAACCUGAAACUAAAGCAAGAAAACGAGAGGCUGCAUCUCCUGAAGGAGGUUGAAACUCUGAAAGAGAAGCUGCUGGAAGUCACAGAGGACAAGGAGCGAAGCUUGGAGGCCUUGAACACCAAAUUAGAAAGUGCUGAAGAUCAGCAUUUGGUGGAAAUGGAAGACACUCUGAACAAGUUACAGGAGGCUGAGAUAAAGGUAAAGACGCUAGAGGGGCUCCAGGCCAAGUGCACAGAACAAGCCAAGGAGAUUGAUAAUUUUAAAGCAAAGAUCAAAGGCACUGAAACAAAGCUCUUGGAACUAGAUGCUCUUCAGAUGGCAAGUUCUGAAGGUAAACUGGAGCUGGAGAAGCUUAGCAAGGAGCUUGAGGCAGCUGAAAAAAAGAUACAGAGUUUAGAGAAUGACAGGAAUAAUGAAAGUAGCCAGGUUUGUACCAACAUCCAUCCAUCCAUUUAUUUUUUUCAUUUUUAAAAAACUUUUAUUUAUGCUGUUUUGUGGUAGUCUGUUCUUAGAGAAAGGGUGUUAUGAAAUAUUAUUUAGUGAUGAGUUUUUAAAAAUCCAGACAUAAAACAUAUCUAUCAGUGGGCAGACAGAACAAAGUCCUUCAUGCAGUGCAUAAACUAUGUCGUUGCUGCCACAAGACGGCUGUCAGGGCCACCGCUUAUAUGGCUUUAGAUGGAGAUGAGGCGAUGUCUUGAAGGAUAAAUGUCAAUGGCUACUAGUCAUGAUGGCUAGAUGCUGCCUGCUGGUUCAGAGGUCGUGUGCCUUUGAAUUCCAGUUGCUGGGAACCAACAGCAGGAAAAUGCAUUUAUGCCCAUGUUUUGCUUAUGGGCCUGCUGGGGGCUUGUGGUUGGCCACUAUGGAAAAAUAGGAUGGUGGGCUAGAUGUGUUUUUAUUUUGAGUACUAUUUUGGUAUAUGUGUUAACUAUUCAGGCAGCAAUGAGCACACUUCCUGUUUGUAUUGCAACCUACCAGAGUUUUAAUCCAGUCUAGAAAUCUGCUUGUUGCAACUCCAGAGUUCAGAGUCUGCCUGAACUGCUUAUUGGCUCCUGGGAAUUCUGCCCAGGGUGAGAUGCAGAGGAAGUGUUGGGCUCCGAUGCUCCCUCCAUCCUCUGCCUUGACCGAGAAGCCAUUUUGGCAUAUAAGCAGUAUAUAUAAUAAUAUUAUAGCAACAACAGAAAUACUUUAUCUCCCUAUGAGAGAGGUGAAAGAUCUUUAAGAGAGAGAGGUUGUUUUUCUUGAAUUAGGAAAAAAAUAGGUUUUGAUUUUCCUAAUUAUUUAUUGUUCUUAGUUAUGCAGGGCUCCUAGUGGUGUUUUGUGCAGCUACUGAGCAUGUGGAGCCCUGCUUAGCUUUAGCAGUGCUGUAGCACCAGGUGCUCUCAGGAUUUACAAGUUCCAACUAGAGCAAAUAGCUAGCAGGUUUCCUUCUUGCACAAUUAAACACCGUGAUAAUAACAGUGCUUGUAAUGCCCUAUCACCAAACCCCCUCACGUGAUAACUUAGAUACUAGCUUUUACAUAUAUCCUUUCAGGCAUCAAUUGUUUUUUAAAGUCCUGUGGAAUUGCAGAUUUCCUGCAAGUUGAGCAGUUAAACCUUUAUCAUUAGAAGGCUGUUCAUGACCUAUGCAACUGACCAUAAUUGCAAUCAUGGGAAUGAAUGUAUGUCCAAUGUCACAAAUGCUUAUUGUUUCACAGUGUGAUCAAAGCAAAUACUUGCACUAUCUUAAGAUCAGAAGUAGGCCCAAUUAAUUUCAGUGGACUAGCCAUUUAGUAUUUAGUAUUGGAGCCUAAAACUAAGACAAUUUAAAAAAUUCAGUAAUCAUGAUUAUAUUCCUAAUGCAAAAAUGAAAAUAUACAUGAUACUUCUGAAUACAAUUCUAAUUUAGUUUACAUACCAUUUUCUGUUUAGUUUAUAUUCAUGCAUUUUGUUUAUUUUUACCUCCUUUUUAUUAUUAUUUAAUACUUCAACAAAAUCCUUUGUUUUGUCCUUUUGUAACUCUUUUAUUUUCACACAACAUAAUAAUCCUUGCUAGGCUGUUAGUCUGGUCAAAGAACUACAAGCGAAAGAGCAAAAGAUUCUUGAUCUUGAAAAUCACUUGGGUGAAGUAAAUCAGCUUAAAGAUUCUUUGGGAAAGGAGCUUGAAGAUUUGGUAAGUAGCUGGUGGAAAUUUCACCUGCACCCCCUGAGCUAUGUUUUGCGGCUUUUAUAAUUGGGAUUUAUUGGAAAUUUCAGAUCUAGUCAUUUUUACAUCCACCUGUGUCUUUGGCAAAAUUGGACAGGAAACUAUUAGCUCUCUUGUUGAUUAAAACUCUGUGGCUUGAAAUGUUGCCUUGUAGUAAAUCCUAAAAACAUAAUGAAGUGCCUUUCUGCACCAUCUAUUGGAUUCCACUGGUAUGUUUGUGUCUGGGCAAGAGCCAUGUCUUUUGUUUCCCACUCGUUGCUCAUGGUCCACACGUUGCUGGUCUGCCUUUCUCAGAGUCACUGCAAUUUUUGGAGUAUUAAAAGCUCAAUAUUUUAUUAACCUAGGAAGCUGCAUUGUAUAGAGUAGGACCACUGCUCUUUCUAUGCAGUCUGCAGCACAAUUAGUUGCAUGCAAAACAUGGGUCCCAGUGCUGGGCUGCAGCCCCUAUGAGCAUCCGACAGAAAGCAAAGACAUAUCCAUUAGUGGCUGACACUCCACACAGACGCUUAUAUCUGAAAAUAGAAGCAACGAUGUACUCACUCCUCGUGCCUCCCAGUCUAUUGUGCACUUAUUGAUAGGUGUGAUGUUGGACUAAGUGGCAAUUGCCACAGACCAAGAAAAGUGUUAUAACAACACAUGGUCCAUAAUGUUUUUUUCUUUAUAACAGCACACCAUUCAAUAGGGUACAGGCAUCUGUCUGUGCAACAGCCCACAUGUUACAGAUUUGGGAAAACCCAAAGCUGUUGGUUUUAACAUAAAAUAAGGAGGAGUUCUGCUUCCCAGGUGCUCUCUCAGACUCAAAAUACACCAAGUCAGAGUUUUCUCCAUUGGUCUGUAGCAAAGGUCAUUGUGUUGUCCACAGUUUUCAGGUGACUUCAUGUCCUUUUCACAUGCCCUGUAAAGCAGAGUGAGGUGCUGUGAAGAUCCUGUGUUGUUGGCUUAAAGGUGUAUUGAACCAAUUACAGUAUAUCUUUUAAAAAAUCAAUGUAGUGCCUUACCAUAUUAAGCCAAAUGGUUAAAUGUGAUUUUUUUUCUACCUCCCAGAAAGAAAAAUUUACUGAGGCUGGUGAUGAGGCAGAAAGUAUACAAAAAUCUAUGCAAGGUAUGGUUCCUAAGAAUGCAAUUAAAUCUUUUUAAAUGAGUGUGGCAGACAGAGAGAAUUGCUUCCUUUUAUCAUACAUGCCUUACUCUAAAUGUAAUGUGACAUUGUUUAAAAAUCUAACCAAUGCUAACAUUUUAUUCCCAUAGAAACUGUUGAAAAACUAAACCAAAAAGAACAACAAUUUGCACACAUGUCAUCUGAACUGGAUCAGCUGAGAUCUAACUUGGCAGGUAAGAGAAGGUGACUAGGUUGAAAUAUUGGGUUUUUUUUAUAGUACAUUUUCAUGUGAUGUUCCAACCAUUACAUGUGGCACAUUUUAUUUUAUUCAUAAAUUCUGGACAAACAACAGGAAUGUUACAGGUUUAUUUUUGGUAAUUUUAUCCUACCUUUAAUGCAACCUGAAAGACAAUUCUAAAAACAGCAUCAAGAAAUCCACCACAGGGCAUGUGACAUCUGGCCUCUUGAAAAUGAAGCCUAGGUCUUGAGGUUUAGCCUCCUUGCUGCUUAGAUAUUUGCUGCCACCCUAGAUCUAGACAACAUUGCUGGAAGGUCAGAUCCCCCUCCCAGGACCCCUCGUCUCUGCCCACUUUCCUCAGCCUCUGGACUGGACUUGCUGGUACUCCUCUCCUUCCUAGUGGUUGGCUCCCGUCCACCCUCUGAGACGGGGCUUUGCAAACUAUCUUUCAUACUAGCAGGAGAAGCCCCUCUCUGAUUCUGUCCUGCCUCCUUUCUUUUGCAGGAUUUCUCCAGAGUUGCUUAACUCCAGAUAGACUUUUGCUUUUGUGCUAUUCAUCCUGUUGGUCAAAGCUUUUGUUGUUGUUUACAUUCAAUUCCAAGUUUGAAACUCCACAUAUAACUUUCCAUUUGAAGUCAGCUGCAUUCUUGGAGAUUAGAUAGACAGAUAGAUCCUUACUUUACAUUAAAGUUUAUGCUUUCCAUCUCUUAUGUCUUCAGGGCAUGUGGUUUGUUUUUGAAUACACUGUUUAUGUACUAGGUUGAUCACUUUUCUUCCUUCUUCAGCCAUGGAGAAGAAAAUGAAAGAAAGAGAAGAGAGAGAGCGCCAACUGAUCGAGGCUAAAGCCAAACUCCAAAAUGAUAUAGCCGAAAUAAUGAAAUCCUCAGGAGACAGUUCUUCACAGCUUACAAAGAUGAAUGAUGAUCUCCGGCAAAAAGAGAAGUAAUUUACCUUUCCUGGCACUUUCUGCUAUCCUUGACCUGGUUGCCAGGAGCUGUGCAUUUUCUCUGAUUUCGUUUUGAGGAGGAUGAGUUCAUCUUACCAAACUCUCUUUAGUUGUGCAUCUGGCUCUUGGGUUAUAAUACUUCUAAACUGUUCCUCAUGUGUGGUGCUGUUGAUUUCAACCCAAGGAAUGUGGGCAACAUUAACCAAGGAAUUUUGUUUUGUUUUGUUGCAUGUAUUUUGGCUAGUAAGCAAAGCAAACCUUAGAGCAAGGUGGGUGGGGAUCUCAGUGGCAGAUCACCUGCGGAAGUCAGUUCUUGGCAUCUCAGAUUCAGAAAGCUUCCUCAAGUUGAAGGUCCUUCCCAGCCCUGCCUGGAGAUCCUGGAAGCAGAACAGUCUGCAUGCAUGUCAUUAGAGCUGGGUGAUAUUUCAGUUCAUCGUCUGAAACUGGAAUGAAAUUCAGAUUGCGAUACUGGUUUCAGACAUUUUGAGCUAGUAAUAUAUCACGGCUUCCUAGCCACUGCCAGCAUAGUGCAUUUAACUCCCAGCUGCCUGCCUGCCUCUACUGUGCUGGCAGCGGCCGGUGAGCCGCAAUUUAUUGCCAGUUCAAAGUGGCUGCUCGCCUGCCUGUGUGUUUGCCUUUGCCUGAGCAAGUGGGCUGCCUCUUUCCUUUCGGUUGGUUGCUCUUCCUGCAGCCAGCCAGGAGGGAAGAGGCUGCCAAAUGUGCAGGCAGGCGGAUGGAGCACCUUCUCAGGCUCCCCUCGGCUGAGGCCAGGCUGCAGAGGGAGGGAGCAGGAGAUCCUUCGCCCGAGCAAGCAGGCAACCUCCUUCCUUCCCUCCUGGUCGCUCCUCCCUCCACAGCCCAGCCGCUUUUUCAGCCCUUCUCAGUGUUAUUUCAGACAUCAUGAUAUAUCACUAUAUCACGAUGGUUAGCUGGUGAUAUGUCACAGUGUUGAAAACCAGAUAUUGCCCAGCCCAACGUGUCAUGUACUCUAGCGCUGGGCUACAUUCCCUCCCAAAGAUGGAGUUAGAAGGAUAUUCAGCAGCACAGGUGGGGAAAGACCUUUGGAUCAAGACCUGUAGUCUUGGGUUAAAUGGACAAACGGUCUGCUUCAACAGAAGAAAUAUUUAUCGCUCUGCCCCCAGCAAAAUAGGUGUCCCUUGUGCGGACAUGCGGGUUGCCAAGGAAUCUAGGGUAUGGCCAGGAGUGAUUUCUGCAUGCCAAAGGGGUAAGCAGGAAAGUCUUGUUUGUUCGUUUUUUAAAUCCCCACCCUCCCAAUCUGAAAGCAGUCCAGCACUGCGAACUGUGUGUGCAUUGGGGACAGAGAGCUGUGUGCAGGUACCACCUCGUCACCCAGCCAGGGCCGAAAAUUAAACUGAAGAGAACCAAAUGGCUUGUGCUUAGCCUUAGCUGAAACAAUGAAAUUUGCUGCCAUAAGCAGUGGUGGGAGACACCAACUUAGAUGGCUUUAAAAGGGGCUUGAUUAGACAGAUUCAUGGGUGAUAAGGCUAUCCAUGGCUAUUAAUCUUGAUGGAGGACCAGAGGUGGAAGCCUCUGGAUACCAAUUUUAUGUAUUUAUUUAUUUCAUAAAAUUUAUACCACUUGACUGUAGGAAAAAAACCUCAAGUCGGUUUACAAAAAAUAACCACUAAAGUUUUUACAACCAUAAUUAGAAACAUACAAAAGGUUAAAAUGCCAGUAAAGUAAAACUAAUUUGAACUCAUACAAACUUUCUAAACAUCUGGGUAGGCUUGUCUAUUCUUUAAAAAAAUACUUUAUUCUUUGUUUGUUUUUAAAGUAUUGUUUCAAUAAACAAAAAAACAAAACAAUGCAAUAACAACACCGAAGAACAAACAAACAAGAAAAAAAUCACAUAUUCCUUUGACUUCCAUUCAUCCCACUAUGUUUUCUAGGCUUCUUUUUCGAUUUCACACUUCGUAUUACCACUUCUUGAUUUUAAUUAUCACUUAAUUUAUUCGUAUUCCAUGUUGUCCUGCAAAGUUCAGUCUAGGCUCAUCAAAGCAUUUAAAUUUUUACAAUGUAUCUGUAAAUAUUCUUUAAAGACAUUCCAUUCUUUAUUUAAUCUCUAUUUGGAAUCAUCUCUUAAACUUCCAGUCAUUUUGGCUAGUUCUAUAUAUUCUAUCAUCUACACUCUGCUUUUUAAGAUGCUGUCUAGGUUUGUCAUUGCUUUUCUCCCAAGAAGCAGGCGUCUUUUAAAAUCUCUCACUGCCUCCAUUUCUUCCCCUUCUAUUUGCCAGGAGGUGAUGGGACCAGUGGCCGGGAUCUUCAUUUUUUGAUGUUGAGCUUCAGACCAUAUUUUGUGCUCUCCUCUAUCACCCUCAAUAAAAGGUUCUUUAAUACCUCCUCACUUUCUGCCAUCAAGGUUGUGUCAUGUGCAUAUCUGAGGUUGUUGAUACUUCUUCCGGCAAUCUUAAUUCCGGCUAGGGAUUCAUCCAGCCCAGCCUUUCACAUGAUGAAUUCUGUAUAUAAGUUAAAUAAGCAGGGAGACAAUAUACAGCCUUGUCGUACUCCUUUCCCAAUUUUGAACCAAUAAGUUGUUCCAUAUCCAGUUCUAACUGUAGCUUCUUGUCCCACAUAGAGAUUUCUCAGGAGACAGAUGAGGUGAUCAGGCACUCCCAUUUCUUUAAGAACUUGCCAUAGUUUGCUGUGGUCGACACAGUCAAAGGCUUUUGCAUAGUCAAUGAAGCAGAAGUAGAUGUCUUUCUGGAACUCUCUAGCUUUCUCCAUAAUCCUGUGCAUGUUUGCAAUUUGGUCUCUGGUUCCUCUGCCUCUUCCAAGUCCAGCUUGCACUUCUGGGAGUUCUCGGUCCACAUACUGCUUGAGCCUACCUUGUAGAAUUUUAAGCAUAACCUUGCUAGCGUGUGAAAUGAGUGCAAUUGUGCAGUAGUUGGAGCAUUCUUUGGCACUGCUCUUCUUUGGGAUUGGGAUGUAGACUGAUCUUCUCCAAUCCUCUGGCCACUGCUGAGUUUUCCAAACUUGCUGGCAUAUUGAGUGUAGCACCUUAACAGCAUCAUCGUUUAAAAUUUUAAAUAGUUCAGCUGGAAUACCAUCACUUCCACUGGCCUUGUUAUUUGCAGUGCUUUCUAAGGCCCAUUUGACUUCACUCUCCAGGAUGUCUGGCUCAAGGUCAGCAACCACACUACCUGGGGUGUACGAGACAUCCAUAUCUUUCUGGUAUAAUUCCUCUGUGUAUUCUUGCCACCUCUUCUUGAUGUCUUCUGCUUCUGUUAGGUCCUUACCACUUUUGUCCUUUAUUAUGGUAAUCUUUGUAUGAAAUGUUCCUUUCAUAUCUCUAAUUUUCUUGAACAGAUCUCUGGUUCUUCCCAUUCUGUUGUUUUCCUCUAUUUCUUUGCAUUGCUCAUUAAAGAAGGCCUUCUUGUCUCUCCUUGCUAUUUUUUGGAAAUCUGCAUUCAAUUUCCUGUAUCUUUCACUAUCUCCCUCGCAUUUUGCUUGCCUUCUCUCCCCUGCUAUUAGUAAGGCCUCAUUGGACAGCCACUUUGCUUUCUUGCGUUUCCUUUUCAUUGGGAUGGUUUUCGUUGCUGUCUCCUGUAUAAUGUUGCGAGCCUCCAUCCAUAGUUCUUCAGGCACUGUGUCCACCAAAUCAAAUUCCUUAAACCUGUUCCUCACUUCCACUGUGUAUUCAUAAGGGAUUUGAUUUAGAUUGUAUCUUACCGGCCCAGUGGUUUUUCCUACUUUCUUCAGUUUAAGCUUGAAUUUUGCUGUAAGAAGCUGAUGAUCUGAGUCACAGUCAGCUCCAAUUCUUGUUUUUGCUGACUGUAUAGAGCUUCUCCAUCUUUGGCUGCAGAGAAUAUAAUCAAUAUGAUUUGGAUGCUGCCCAUCUGGUGAUGUCCAUGUGUAGAGUCGUCUCUUGUGUUGUUGGAAAAGCGUGUUUGUGAUGACCAGCUUGUUCUCUUGACAGAACUCUAUUAGCCUUUGCCCUGCUUCGUUUUGAUCUCCAAGGCCAAACUUGCCAGUUGUUCCUUUUAUCUCUUGAUUCCCUACUUUAGCAUUCUAAUCCCCUAUAAUGAGAAGAACAUCCUUCUUUGGUGUCACUUCUAUAAGGUGUUGUAAGUCUUCAUAGAAUUGGUCAAUUUCAGUUUCUUCAGCACCAGUAGUUGGUGCAUAAAGUUGGAUUACUGUGAUGUUAAAAGGUCUGCCUUGGAUUCGUAUUGAGAUCAUUCUAUCAUUUUUGAGAUUGCAUCCCAGUACAGUUUUCGCCACUCUUUUGUUGACUAUGAGGGCCACUCCAUUUCUUUUACGGGAUUCUUGCCCACAGUAGUAGAUAUGAUGGUCAUCCGAACUGAAUUCGCCCAUUCCCGUCCAUUUUAGUUCACUGAUGCCCAGGAUGUCAAUAUUUAUUCUUGCCAUCUCAUUUUUUACCACAUCCAACUUACCCAGGUUCAUGGUUCUUACAUUCCAGGUUCCUGUGCAAUAUUUUUCUUCACAGCAUUGGACUUUCCUUUCGCUUCCAGGCAUAUCCGCAACUGAGCGACCUUUCGGCUUUGGCCCAGCCGCUUCAUCAGCUCUGAAUCUACUUGUACUUGUCCUCCGCUCUUCCUCAGUAGCAUGUUGGACGCCUUCCGACCUGAGGGGCUCAUCUUCCAGCAUCAUAACUUUUAUAUGCCUGUUGUCUUUGUCCAUAGAGUUUUCUUGGCAGGAAUACUGGAGUGGCUUGCCGGUUCCUGCUCCAGGUGGAUCAUGUUUGGUCAAAACUCUCCACUAUGACCUGUCCAUCUUGGGUGGCCCUGCUCAGCAUAGUUCAUAGCUUCUCUUGAGUUAUUCAAGCCCCUUUGCCAUGGCAAGGCAGUGAUCCGUGAAGGCACUUUCUUUUAUACAUUUUGGCUGAUUUGGCCGGAGUCAGGUACCAUCGGUAAAACAUUUUAAUCAGAUUUUCUUUAAGAAAUUCUUCCAGAAAUUCACAUGCGGUGAAUUUUAUGUCUACCUUCCAAAGUCUUUCCCACACCUCCAUUUGGAUAUUAUAACUGAAUUCCUGGGCCCAUCGAACCAUAACUGAUUUUACCUCCUCCUCCUUGACUUCCCACCCAAUCAAGGAGGCAUUUAUACAUUUUGGAUAAAAGUUUUUCUUUCGAUUGAAUUAAAUCUUUCUCUAAUCUUGAUAGCUCUGUUGCAAAACCUUUUUGUUUGUCUUUUCUAAAUAUUUCAUUAUGUUGAAAAUAUUGGAGCCAGUUAGUUGUGUUCAGAUCUCAAAUUUCUUUAGGCUUAAUUUAUUAUCUUUUUCUUCCCGAAAGGUUUUAUUUCGUUUUUUUCCUCUGGCCCCAUAUUUUUAACUAACAAAUUUGUGUUUUUUUACAGUUAAUUUGAAAACCAGCCCCUUGUCCAAAUUCUUUUGUUUGAUUUUUAUUUAUCUCAGUCACUUUUGGUAAACUUUCUUUGGGGUUUUCCGUAGUAAUGAUAAGGUCAGCUUGUCUAAAUAAGAAUGGCUGAAGAACAACAGUAGGGUGGGACUGACUUCCUGCUCGUGGGCUUCCCAGAGACAUCUGGUCAGCAGCUGUGAGGACAAGAUACUGGACUGAAUGGGGCCCUUGGUCUGAUAUAGCAGCCAGGCUCUUUUAUUUUGUUUGCUUCUGUUUAGCUCGAGGCUUGAAGCUUCCUUGAAUUCUUUGUAAACCUGUAUCUAGUUUACAUCUGUAAAUUAUGGCAAGGGAAUGCAGAGGGAGGUAGAAAAUGGAAACAUAUGCUCCUCUUUGCCCUACUGCUCCUCUGCAAAACAUUUUCACAUGUCCACUUGUAUGAUCAGUGGGUAGUGAUACCUGCACUGUCUGCUGCCAUUCGACCUGAAAUUCAAAAGUGUGUAAGCAAAAUUCAAAUUGUUUUUCUCCUUUGCACCCUAAAAAAGCAACAUGGUCACAGUAUAAAAACAACAACCUGACCCUGCCCUAUGGACUUUACCAUCUAUUCUUGGAGGGGAAGACAAUGGAGGGAGGAAAGGGAAAAGCAAGGGUAAGAACAGACACAUAGUGACAUGCAGGGCUUUUUUUGCAGCAGGAACUUGGGGGAACUCAGUUCUGGUACCUCUCAGGUUGGUGCCAUUUUUUAAAGGAAGAUAAUGCUUUUGUGCUAUGAAGCACAGGCUUCCAAGAGUUGCAGUGCUGACUCUCUCUUUUUGGUUAUGAUUCAUUUUAGGCAGCUAGAGGAGCUUCAGCUUCAGCUCACCAAGGCAAGUGAGAGAGCUUCUCAGCUGCAGGAAAAUUUGGAGCAGGCGACACGUAAAGCUGAAGAGGAGCAACAGGAAGCGCACAAGAAGCAUCAGGCUGAACUGCAAAAGAUGCAGGACAAAUUAAGCAACCUGGUAAGAGCAGCUGCCUGGGCAUCUCUCCAGAGCGGCCAGGAAGCAACUAUAGGCCAGCACAAGCAUUCUUGCUCUCUACUGAUGGCUCAAGUACAUAGUGAUGCUGGGAAUAAAUGCAUCACUGCUCCUGCUAACUCAAUUUCUCUCUCUUUAAAACAUUCAAACCUAAUUAGCCGUUCUGUAGCUUGAGAUAUUUAUGUUGCAAAACAUUGCUGCUUUACCGCUGAUGCUGACUCUUCAUCUCUUUGAAACCAUUACACCAAUGUUACUUACUUCAAGCUCUCUCUCUGUCGCGCGCGCGCGCACACACACACACACACACAACCUCUUUUACACCUAAUAAACCACAAGGCUUCAAAGACCCUGCUUACGCUAGAUUUAGCACAGCUAUUCUUUCAACUCUAAUUCAAGAAAAAUGUGCUCUUACAUGAUGAGAAAGCAAUUGCAGAACACCAUGGCUAGCUGUAUAGGAAGGGAGCAGGACACUGUGCUGAACUGUAUUGGCUCUCUAUAUUCACAGGAGAAGAAAAUUUUGACUGGCCAAAAUCAGUAUAAAGAUCUGCAGACAGCGCACAAAAAAACACAUUCAGAGAUGGCCGCCAAGCAUGAUGCAGCCAUCAAGGAGCUUAAGCAACAACUUCAGGAAACGCAACAGCUAUUGACAACAGCACAAAAGGUGAACAGUGACUUAGAAAAACAGACCAAGGAGCUGAAAAAGGAAGCAGAGCAUGCAAAGGUGUGUAUUUCUCUGAAACAGGUAGCCAAAGUUUGGACUUUUUUGGUGGCUCAAUUACACUGUCCCAAACUCUCUGCAUUUGCUUGAUGGCUCUUUUAAGUCAAUAUAUGUCCAUAGCUGACUGGCCCAUCGAGCGGACAUGGGAAAGGCAUCAAUUUUUGAGCCACUCACCCAUGAGGGAGCUGUAUGACUGGUACCUUGUCAGACUGAACUUUGGCUUCCCAAGCCUAAUGGAACAAGCAGGGGCGUUGCAAGGGGGGUGCAGGGGGUGCGGUCUGCCCCGGGUAUCAAGCCGGGGCAGGGUGUGACAAAAUCUCCCCCAGCGGAUCCGCACCAGGUUGCACCUCCCGGCUGGGCCGCACCAAAUGAAUCAUGCCUCCCAGCCAGGCCUCAACACCAGAUCAUGCUCCCCGGCUGGCCGCUGCGCCGAACCGUGCCUCUCGGCCUGGCCACAGCGCCAAAUUGCGCUUCCAGGCUGGGUCGCAACACCAGAUCAUGCUCCCCAGCCGGGCAUGAUCGCCCUGCCCCCUGGGUCGGGCGUUGUGGGAUGGCUGGAGGAGGCAGGCAAGCAAACAACCAACGGGGGGGGGGCGCCAUGUGCCCCAUCCCGUCCGUUCCUAUGGGUAGUUUGCCCCCCCCAUGGGCGGUUCGCCCCACCCUCGCCCCGCACCAGGUGCCUGAGAGGCUUCCUCCGCCACUGGGAACAGGAACUCCUAUACAGUUUGCAGAGAGGCUUUGAUGUUGACGCUUCCAAAAUGAAGCCUGACACUGCCUUAUGGGUCACUAAAUCGCAUAAAGGUCAAUACUAAUUAGCUAAUUUAUAUCUCAAGGGGUGACCAACACUUGAGCAUUAGGGUUUUUGUAUUUGUUCAUCAGGCCAGUGUAAUUCUCAGGUGUUGGCUACAGAUUUUAUGUCCUUUCUUUCCAAAGAAUUAGAUGCAAGAAAGGAAGUUAAGACCUGCAGUCAUGGGGAAAAUUUAUAAAAUAAAAAUAAAAAUGAUCAGAUAGAAAGAGAAGCUGCUCGGAGGAUGCAAUAUGCCCAGUAUUAUUACGUUUAAAAUUUUCAAGAAGGACAAAGUCUUCCCAAGAAUAAAUUUAAGUGCAAUUAGGCCCAGUUCAAUGACAUAGGAAGUAAAUGUAUUCUAGAUCCUUUGUAGCCCUGUAAUUUCUCAUUCCCUUAUUCUGUAGGUAACUGACUUUACUGAUUUAAAAAAAUAUUUUCAUUGGAUGCUUAAAAAUCCCUUAUCCCAUUUGAAGUGGCAAAACAAGCUUUAGAGGUGGUGGGUUUUACUGGCAUUUCUUACUGCUUGAUACCCUGCAAAAAGCUGUCCGUGUUCCACAUUCUCCUUAGUGUGACUUGAAUAGCCUAAAUUUUAUUUUUUGCAUUUCCUUGACAUUGUUCCUUGCGUUCAUCUCCUAUUCAUUGCCUAUGUGCUUUGAGCUUUACGCUUUAUUACAAUGGUAGCUGCAUAUGUAUAUGUUGACACACAGGCCAAAGGGCUAUGAGCUGACGUCCAAUACUAUAUGGUUAUUUGCAUUUAAUUACUACAAUAAGGUACAUAUAAAAUGCUCUCCACAUAGGGGAGAAAAGCUUGAAAUACAGCUGUAAAUUGCCAUGUUCUAAAGGAUGGAUUUGCAUUGUCACCAAAGCUGAUAUAAAUUAAACUUUGAGACUACUGAGCUUUUCCCCUUUAUUUGACAUUUCAUUAAUACCACCAUUGUAGGACUUUAACACCUCAGAAAAAAUCAUUUUAAAUUGGAGCUGAGUGAAUGACAGCCAGCUCACAAACUGGUGAAAAUGCCUUUUAAAGAUGGGACACUUUUAACAUUAGCUAUCAUAACAGAAUCAUAGAGUUGGAAGGGACCACGAGGGUCAUCUAGUCCGCCCCCUGCAAUGCAGGAAUCUUUUGCUCAAACCCAUGACCCUGAGAUUAAGAGUCUCGUGCUCUACCAACUGAGCUAUCUGCUUCUCCUUAUGGAGCAGUUCAGGGAAGUUUCCCCUGUCAGAGUGCCAUCGGUCAGUGGUUGUGCCCUCGCUCAUUCACCAGCUCAGCCUUGUUUCUUUGGGUUUCAUGUUCAUUGACAACUUGUCCAGGCACAACAUGCACAGUUCUUUCCUCUCAAAAUUGGAAGGGGGGUUAUAUUUCAGCUGCAAAGAGUAGGCCAAAGAUUGUGCCAUCACUACUGCUCAUGUUGAAAUAUAAAUCUCGUUUUGACAUUGCAGCAGAUGUUGAAACUGAGCAAAGGAUCUAAUCUUGCUGCCUUAAAAUAAGUUAGACUUUUACCUGCCUUGGCAAACACAUGAUUACAGCUUUUGUCUAGCUAGAAUCCCCUUCUAUAUUCCAGCUGCUGCAUUGCCUUAAGCACUCAUUUGAUAGUUGGGCUGUGUGAUCAUUUGUGAGCUAAAAGUUUAUUAAAGACCAUGCAACUUGUGAGCUUAAGACAUUUCAAUAUAAUGGCAUUUGUUUAGCAUUCAAAAGGAUUUGGAAGUAUUCAGCAGGGCUGUGUGUGUGUCAUUAUAUACUUUUGUUUUUAAAAAACAACAGUAACGCUAUUUGUCUUUAAUCCACACUUUGCACUAGUCUGCUUGACUUCAUUUUUUGUUUUUUGUUUCCCUAUUCCCCAUCCUUUGUUUCUUUAGUCCUUAACCUCUGUGUUAGCAGCAGCCAGAAAAGAGAUUGAACUAAUGUCAGAGGAGAUGAGGGCUUUGAUAUCAGAGAAAGAAACCUUGGCACAGGAGGGGAAUGCUUUAAAAUUAGAAAAAGGUUCCUUGUUAUCAAAACUUGUAGAGUUGGAGUCCAAGAUUGGGUUAUUAAAACAAGAUCAGGAAAAGCUUUGGACAGUGAAUGAAGAACUUAACCUGGAGAACAAAAAAAUCAUAAAGGAGAAACAAGAAGUUGAGAAUAAAACGCAGCAGGAAAAAACUAAAAAUGAUGAAUUAAUUUCUGAGAAAGGAAAGUUGCUCUUAGAAAUAGAGGCAGCCCAAGAUGAUCUUCUUAAAAUCACUAGAGAGAAUGAUGCUCUACGCACCUCAAAGGUGGCUCUCCUUUGCCAGGUGGAUGAGCUCCGGACCCAUAGAGAUGCCUUGGCGCAGGAAUGUCAGAAGCAUGUCUGCCAAAGGGAAGAGCUCCAGGAUUGUCAGAGAAAGCUUUCUGAGGAAAAUGCUGCUCUCCUCAAAGAUAAGGAUGACGUCAUUCAGAAGCUGAAGAGUUCUUAUGAAGACAUGGCCAGGGAUCAAAAGGAGCUACUUGAAGAAGUCACUUCCCUGGCUGCUGAGAGGGACUUGCUUCUGGGGAAACACUUGGAUCUCGAAAACCAGAAUGUGGCUUUGAAAAGAGAAAGGGAUAAUCUAUUGCAGACUAGCCAGGAUCUACAGUCAGAUAAGGAGGCUCUCCUGAUAAGCCAGGAAGAGCUGCAUAAAAGCAUAGAGCAGGCUCUAGAUGAAAAGCAGAAGCUUGAUGUGAAAAGUGAAGGCCUGCGCACUGAUCUAGAAGCAGCAAAUAAGGAGCUGAAAAAGGUUACCAAAGACAAGGUUCAACUGCAGGCUGCUCAUGCCAGCCUUUCGAAGCUCCUAGAGGAGUUCAAGGCCAGUAGGGAGUCAACAGACUCUGAAUGUAUUCAGUUGCUGCAAGAGAAGGAAGCCUUGUUUUCUGCUGAGAGGAGACUUUCGAGUGAAAGAGAAGAGCUUUUGAAUGAAAACAAGGCCCUUUCUGAAAAGCUGACUAAUGUCUCUGAAAAUGCCACUCUUACCGAGAGGAUGCUAAAUGAAAAGCUAAGCCAGAUGAGCGCAGAGAAGGAGUUGACUUCUCAGAAGUCCUCAAAGCUCAAGAAGCAGAAUGAGAACCUUCUGAAGGAAAAGGCCAUUCUGGAAGCAAAAUGUGCUGAGCUUCUGGCAGAGAAGCAGUCUGUGACCAAAGCCCUAUGCGACUUGAAGAGGAAGCAUGAAUUGGACAUCUCUGCAAAGAGGAUGCUCACUCAAGAGAAGGCCAGACUCCAGGGCAGUGUUGAAACUUUGAAGCAAGAGCUUGACCAAAAAACGGAAGAAAACCAAGAGCUUGCCAGCUACAAGUGUGAGCUGUCCAAAAUCCUGAAAGAGACCCAGAGUGCCAAAACAGUGUUAGAAAAUGAGUAUUCUGCUUUGCUUCAUGCCAAGCAACUGUUAGCAGCUUCAUUUAAAAGUAGUUCUUCUGAGAAAGAGCUACUGAGCCAAGAGAAGGUUCGGUUGCAGGAGGAAUGUCAAAAGUUGAAUAAAGAGUUCAAAACAGUCCAUGAUAAUCUGAUAAUAGAACGGGACAGUAGGAAGCUGGAAAAAGAGUCCUUUGUGGUAGAGAACACACAGCUUCAUAACAGUGUCAGCCAGUUAGAGAGUGAGAAGGAACAGCUAACAUCCAAAAACAAGGCGCUGUUGGCUGAGAGGGAUAAGCUGAAACAAGAGAAGUUAAAAUCUGAAUCUAAGCUGGAGGAAAUUAUGAAGGAAAAGGAGAUCCUUAGGGUCGAAACAGAUCAACUCGCAUCCAAUAUUGAGAAGUUGAAGGGUGAAUUUGUGGCAUUGACGAAGUCCAAAGCUGAGCUCCAGGAACUGCACAGCUGCGUCUCCAAGAUCCUAGAAGAUCUCCGUUCCAGCCAUGAAACAUCUGAACUGGAACGUGUUAAACUUCUUCAGGAGAAUGAGAUUCUGCUUUCCGAGCAGAAACAUCUGAUCACAAUAAAAGAAGAAAUCUUGAAAGAGAAAGAAAAGUUCUCUGAAGACUACUAUAAGCUUCAUGAGGAGGUAACACUUCUAGCACAGGUCAACAGUGAGCUGUCAGCCAGCCUCUUGGCAUCUCAGAAUAAAAACCUGGUGCUCCAGAAAGAAAAGGAUGAGCUUAUCUUGAAACUGAAAGAAUUCAAGAAUCUUCAGGCACAUGCGGUAUUGCAAAGAUUUGAGGUAUCAAGACACUGAUAAAUCAGUCGAGUAUAGUUACUAACACCCAACACUAACUUCAGUUGUUUCGGUGUCUGCACUUAAUUUUGCACGAUCCAGCACCCUGGCUCAGUCUGAACACCCUCCUUAAUUAUCUUGCUCACAGAGAAUUUACCUCUUUGUGAAUAUCAAAAAAACCUCUCAACUGCUGUAAGAAUCAGGCAGGGGAGGAGAAAAUAUCACACCCAACUUUCAAGGGCCUCACAGCUAUUGAAUGUUGCAAGGCAAUUUUUCAGUUGUGAAUAAAAAGGCAGGUUUCCAGAUCUGCGGGAGCUUAAAAUUACACACAUGUGUAUUGGCACAUGUAACCUUCUUAAAUGUACACUCAAAUUGUUAUCCAAAAAUUAGUUGUUAAAACUUCCUCCGAAGCCUUCUUACUCUUAAUUGGAUAAAAGGCAGCAGGACACUCACUGUCCAAGCAGAAUUGCUUCUGUGACAAAGGAUUUGGCAAUGUCUGUUAUCUUUUUAUUCACAGUAGGCUUUGCAUUCUCUACCAACUGAGCACAAAAUGGAAUUUUGAGACAUUCCUCUCUGGGCUUCAUAAACCAUAAAGUUUUUAUUCCAAGGACUAUUUCAGAUCAUCUUGCUUGGGUCUGAAGCUUUUGCUUUGCUCCCCAAAAGACAUCACAGUACUAAAAGUUUGCAACCAUAUAUUUGCCCCAUCUCUUAACUUCAGUGUUUUCUACCAAAUUCAGAUGCAGGGCUGCUGUCCUGAUAUCUCAGUACUAUGAAAGUGCAAAGAGGACAAAUGACAAAUCUGUUGGUAGUGAAUAUUGCUGGAACUACUUUUUUUUUAUUUACAAAAUUUAAAAGGACGGCAUAAUUAGGGCUACCAGUCUCACCUGAAGACUGACACUAGCAUGGAACUGUAAUUUGUGCAUGGAAUAAGAUGACUUGAUAGAUUUAAUUCAAUAUAUUUUGCAAAGUUCUGGAAUGCAAACACAGGUAGAAAUGGAGUGCUUGUGAUUACAACUAGCAAGCGGCUUGCAGUCAGUUUAUGUGGCCUCUACAUGCUGCUAAAGAGAAAUCCCAUUGGCUUGAGGAACAAUCUGUGGAGUAGGCAAUCUAUAAAUUUGUAUCCAGAGUCUGGCAUGGUUUUGCACAGGAUUUGAUGUGGCUUUUUAUCUCGUAGACUGCACAAACAGCAGAAGAUGCUUUGCAGAUAGUUGAGCAGGUGACCAAAGAGAAGGAAGUCCUUCAUAAAGAGAAGAUGGAAACUUUGACCUCCCUGGAGGAUUCCAGGCAGGCUAAUCAGAAGCUGCAGAAGGAGGUAAGCAAACCCAAAUCCUGGCUGUUUGAAAAAAUGUGUGUCACUCAAAGCCGGAGAGCCUGGUUCUUAAAUCUCUCCUGCAGAUAGCUGGGUAUCCAAGGGCAGGUCAGUGAAAUGUUUCUGAAUAGUGCAUCCAGUCACCAUGAGAUGGAACGGGCCGUAGCUCAGUGACAGAAUGAGUGCUUUGUUUGCGGGAGGUCCCAGGCCCAAUGUCUGGCAUUUCCAUUUUAGAAAAGGGGUCAUAUAGCAGAUGAUAAGGAAGAAGCCACUGCCAUUCAGAGCAGAUGUUACUGGGUGGACUGCCCCCGGGCACAAGGCAGCUUCUUCGUUAUCAAAUGACAAAUGGCCAGAGCCUAAAUCCUAGUAGCCUUUGGUAGAGGGAAUGCCACUCCCUUUUCCCUUUUCUUGCCCCAGUGUGCUGAACAUUAUAGAGAAUGUGUAUCUUCUGGUGGUAUCUUCUGGUGGUUUCCCCAGCCUGGUUGUCAGGACUGGUCGUUGUCCUCUUCAGAUCACCACACAAACGCUUCUUGUUCUUUUAUAAAAAUUUUUAUUGCGUAUUAACAAAACAAUCUUAUAAACGGUUCUUAAAGGUUCUUAUUCUUCCUCAGAGUCACUUCUUUCAGAUACCUUCUGAGCUCUGCUUCUCCAUGACCAGCCACCCUCAAAAUGGCGAAGGCGCCCUUCCCUUCGCUUUCCCGCUCUUUUUUCUAACCUCCUGGCUAGAGCUGUAUCUCCCCUCCUCCGAAUCUGAGCUAGAACUGAACCCUUGCCUUCCCUGUGAACAGCCGGUCCCUCCCUGUUGUUCCUCUUGCUCUCUUCUGUUAGAUUCACUGCUCUGCUUCCCCCCUUGGCGAAUGCUUUCUCCCUCUGAGAAACUGGAAACUUCUAACUCUUCCCUGACAUCACCCCCUCCCCUAAGCCCCCCUUCCUCCUCCUCGCUCUCCUCUGUUUCUGAAGGACCGAACCCUAUGAACUCCUCUUCCUCGCUAUCUGUCUCUUCAAAAAUUUCUUGAAGAUGCCAGUUAUGGGGUUUUGGCUUGUGGGGAUAUUUUCUAUGAAAUUCUCUCUGCAAUUCUGGAAUGUUAAUUUUUAUUGCUGGUUCCCAUGAGUUCUCAGACUCAUCUAACCCUUUCCAUGCAACCAAAUACUGUAAUUUCCUCCUACUUAUUCUCGAGUCCAAUAUCUCUUCCACUUCGGUCUCCUCUUCCCCCAUCAUGGUGGGAAAAGGAGGUGGUUCCCUUGAAAUUUGAUACUUAUGCGCUGGUACAAACACUGACAAUAAAGAUCUAUGAAAUACAGGGUGUAUUCUCAUAUUUCAGGCAAAUGAAGCUUGAAAGCGACUGGGUUAAUUUGAGCCUUUACUUGGAAAGGUCCCAAUCUCCUUGGUUCUAGCUUUUUACACCUCCCUCGUAUUGGUAGUCCCUUGGUAGACAGCCAUACCCAGCUCCCUACUUGGAUUUCUUCCCCAACUCGCCGGUGCCUGUCUGCAGCUUUCUUGUAAGCCUCUUUAGCUUCUUCCAAAUCCUCUUUCAAUAUCUCAUGAAUGCACCUCAACGCCUCUAUCAUUUGUUCUGCUGCUGGUACUGCUAACUGCUUCUCUUGACCUGGGAAUGCCCUUGGGUGCAAGCCAUAGUUUGCCACAAAUGGGGCUCUGCCCGUAGACACAUGCAUUGCAUUAUUAUACGCAAACUCUGCUAGACUCAACUUCUCUAACCACCCGCUCUGCUGAUAACCAGCAUAACACCUCAGAUAUUGUUGUAGUGUUGCAUUCGUUCUUUCAGCUUCCCCAUUGGUUUGCGGGUGUCUCGCCGACGUGAGGCUUAGCUCCACAUCUAGUAACUGCAUUAACCUCUUCCAAAAUUGUGAUGUAAACUGGGGCCCUCUAUCUGAAAUGAUUUGUGAUGGCAUUCCAUGCAACCUAAAAAUAUUAUCUAAAAACAUAUUUGCAGUUUCCUGUGCGGUCGGAAUUUUGGUACAUGGUAUGAAAUGUGCCAUCUUGGUUAGCAUGUCAACCACCACAAAGAUCACUGUUUGCCUAUGCGAUGACGGUAGAUCCGUUAUAAAAUCCAUAGGCACCACAUCCCAAGGCCUUCCCGGCGUGGGCAUAGGUUGCAACAACCCUGCGGGAGCUGCUCUGGGUGCCUUGGCUCGUUGACAUACUUCACAACCUCUUACAUAUUGUGUUACUUCCUCCCUCAACUUUGGCCACCAGAACUGCCGUGUGAUCUGAUACAGGGUUUUUCUCUACCAAAAUGUCCUGCAGUCGGGUUAUCAUGAUGUUGCCUCAACACUUUACCUCUUAAUUCACCUGCAGGUACAUACAGCACCCCUCUCCUGUACAACAAUCCAUCUUUUUCUUUGAAACCUUCCUCUUCCCCUCUACCUUUUCUCAGUUCCUCCAUUUUCUUUUGUGCAAACUCAUCUGUUACUGUCAAUCGCUGGAAUUCCCUGCCGUCCACUACUACGGCUGCACACCCCCACUGAUCUGAUCUCAGCAUUUCUCGCAACUUAGGAGGUGCUUCCCCUUUCAUAUACUCAGGUUUGCGCGAUAGCGCGUCUGCAUGAACGUUUUGAUGCCCAGGUAUGUACUCAAUCCUAAAAUUAAACCCAGCAAAAAACUCUGCCCACCUAAUUUGCCUUUGGUUUAGCUGUCUAGCAGUUCUCCAAUACUCUAAAUUCUUACGAUCUGUUUGUACCACCACCUGAUGUGACGCCCCUUCCAAAAAAAUGUCUCCACACUUUAAAGGCAGCAUGCACAGCUAAAAGUUCCUUAUCAAAUAUGGUGUAGUUUUGUUCUGAUUGAUUAAAUUUUCUAGAGUAGAAUGCACAGGGUCUCCAGUCGCCUUCCUUGUCCUGUUGCAGCAGAAUGGCCCCAAUAACCCUAUCAGAGGCGUCAGUUUCUACCUUUAUACGCUUACUUGGAUCUAGGUGCAUAAGAUAUUUUUCUGAAGCAAACACCACCUUUAAUUUAUCAAAGGCCUUCUGUGCUUCCUCAGACCAUCUGAAUGGCCCCUUGCCUCUUAGACAAUCAGUCAGUGGUGUUGUGAUUUUGGAGUAAUUACCUAUGAAUUUACGGUAGAAAUUAGCAAAUCCUAAAAACCUCUGUAGAUCUUUCUUAGUUUUAGGUGCCUCCCAUUCCACCACUGCCUGAACUUUACUGGGGUCCAUGUGCACCCCUUUGUGGGAAAUGCAAUAUCCCAGGAACUCCACCUUUUGUGUGUGGAACUUACACUUCUCUAACUUCACAUAUAACCUGUCGGUCCUCAAUUUCUCUAACACCUGUUUUAUGUGUUCCUCCAUACUUUCACUAUAUAUUAAGAGGUCAUCUAAAUAAGAGACACAGAACUGAUCCAGUAUACCUGCUAAGACGUGAUUGAUGAAGGUUUGAAAUACCCCUGAGCCAUUUUGCAAGCCAAAAGGCAUUACCAAGAAUUCAAAUGCACCAUACUUAGUACAAAAACUGGUUUUCCACUCAUCCCCUUCUCUGACCCUUAUCAGAUUAUAUGCUCCUCGUAGAUCAAGCUUGGUAAAGACUUUGGCUGACCUUACUCUCUCUAAGAGGUCAUCUAUACGUGGCAGUGGGCACACGCGAGGCUUCAUUUGACUGUUAAGGAUUCUGAAGUCACAUACUAAUCUUAGUGCCCCUUCCUCCCCUUUCUUUUUGACAAAAAAGACGGGAGCACCCCAGAGGCCGUGGACUCUCUAAUAAAACCUCUCUGCAAAUUCUUUUGCAGGAACUCCCUCAAUGCUGCAGAUUCUACUUCCGACAUGGCAUAUAUCUUGCUUGGUGGCAACUGUGCCCCAGGGACUAGAUCUAUCUUGCAAUCCUAGGGCCUAUGUGGUGGAGGUUUAUCCGCUUCUUUUUCACAAAAAACAUCCUGAUAAGCCAUAUAUUGUGAUGGAAUCUCACUUUCAUUCCCCAUCAACUUCCCUUCUACCUCUGUUCCCAUUACUUCCACUGAGAUUUUUCCCUUUUGCCCCAAACAAUGUGUCAUACAAUAUGUCGAACCAAAAACCAAAGACCUUUGAUGCCAGGCAAUCACCGGAUUAUGAUGAUUGAGCCAACUCAUGCCCAGCACCAUUUGGUGCCCAGCUAGUUUGGUCACAUGAAAUGCCCUGGUCUCUGAGUGAUGACCCAUAUCCAUUCUCAUUGGUGGAGUCUCAUAAGUCACUUCUCCUGAAAGUAGCGGUCUGCCGUCGAUUGUUUUCACUCGCAGUGGGAAACUCAAAGGUAACAAAGCGAUUUUGUGUUCCUGUACCAAUUUCUGGUCUAUGAAAUCUGCUGACACUCCUGAGUCUAACAAUGCCUCUACCUGGACGCUGUGUCCAUUGGGUAGUUGUAGUUGCACCUUCACCGUUAGUCCUGGAAUAGGUGGUUCCGCGUGAGAGCCUUCUAUUGCUUCUCCACCCGGCUGCAAGCUCCCAUUUCCAGCCGGGGACAUUCGUUUCCCUGAUGCAGUUCCUUUGGGCAAUUGUCUUCUCCCAUGUCUGCUCCAGAUAGAGACUCCGAUCCUUUAUGAUUGUGACAUUGUCGUGCUAGAUGCCCUGGUUUUCCUCAGACAAAGCAACGCCUCGUGUCUCUUCCUCUCCCUGCAUUUCCCCUUACUAUGGAAGAGGUAGUAACUGGGAGGGGUCUGGCUGCCCCUAAUUCCAUGGGCUCUGGCCGCUCUCGUCCUGGCACGUUGUCCGCUCUGCUUUCUGUACUUUCGAUAUUGUUUUCCCGCCAUCGCGGUCUCCAUUGUUCCUUCUUUUCACUAGCCCUCCGUCCCACGCAUAGGCUCAAUUGCAGGCACGUUCGGACCAGAGAGUCCAAGGAACUAGGUUCUGGCAUUUGGGCCAAUUGGUCUAAAAUCUCAUUAUUCAAUCCUUCCCUAAAAAGGGCUGCAACUGUUGGGGAGUUCAGAUCCCAUUUUAAUUUCUGCACCAGCAAACUAAAGUUGGACCAAUAAACUCCCACAGUGUCUUUUCCUUGUCUCAUUCUCAACAGCUGCCUAGCUGUGAUUGUUUCAUCCACAGGGUCUAAGAAAAUCGUGUCUAGAUACUGCAGAAAAAUUUGUAAAUUUCCUAGGGCGGCAUCCCUCCGAGAUAUGAGGGGUAUAACACAGUCCUUAGCCCUCCCUUCCAAGAAAUUAAUCACAUAAGCAACCUUCUCUUGCUCAGAUUGAAAUUCUUUAUCCGUUAUCUCAAUUAUGUAAGAAAUUUCUGUCUUGAAAGCCAUGUAUUCAGAGCUUUCUCCCUUGAAGCUACGUGGACGUACAGUAAGUGUUUUACUCACUCUAUCUCCCCGCGUCGCUUGCAACAUGGUUCUAUGUUCUCCCAGUGCUGCCGAUAGUACGUCGACUUGACUUUUCAACUGUAAGUUCUGUUGCCAUAAGUCCUGUAAUGUUAGCUGGAGUGCUGGGGUUUCUCCUUGCCCAACUGGUGCCACAGCUCCCUCCAUUUUGGCUUCUCCUUCUUUACUUAUAGUGAAGAGGCGCAGAGCAGAAGGUAUUCUGUCAGGACUGGUCGUUGUCCUCUUCAGAUCACCACACAAACGCUUCUUGCUCUUUUAUAAAACUUUUUAUUGUGUAUUAACAAAACAAUCUUAUAAACGGUUCUUAACUAUUAUUCCUCAGAGUCACUUCUUUCAGAUACCUUCUGAGCUCUGCUUCUCCGUGACCAGCCACCCUCAAAAUGGCGAAGGCGCCCUUCCCUUCGCUUUCCCGCUCUUUUUUCUAACCUCCUGGCUAGAGCUGGCCUGCAUCUCCCCUCCUCCCAAUCUGAGCUAGAACUGAACCCUUGCCUUCCCUGUGAACAGCCGGUCCCUCCCUGUUGUUCCUCUUGCUCUCUUCUGUUAGAUGCACUGCUCUGCUUCCCCCCUUGGCGAAUGCUUUCUCCCUCUGAGAAACUGGAAACUUCUAACUCUUCCCUGACACUGGUGUUCCCUGUUCCCUACAGCAGCAGUCAUCAAUGCUACUGGAGAUCAUAGAGCACUCAGGACCUUGAAGUCAGCUAAUGCCAAUGGUUGAUUGCUAGAUAGCUGAAAAUUAAAAUUUAAAUCCAGCAGCUCUGUAAUUCGUACAGAGCAUCUGGAGAUUAUCUGUUACAUAAUAAAACACAAUGCUGAGUGCAUGUGAGCAGACUAGGCUUACCAGCUGCUAGCAAGCUCUUACAGGGAAAAUGAAACCGCCAUAAAUAAAGGCUCGAAGUCAGUUUGGACCAACAUCAGAUUCAUUGAAAGGAUGGUAGUCUCAGCACCGCCAGCUCAGUGCUUCUCUCUCUGAUUCCCUCUGUUUAAGGUACUGUAGCAGCUCAGGGGAGAGGGAUUUCUUUGUCUGGGCACACUCCAUCCGUCAUCUGCUGCUAAAUGUGUAGGGAUGUCAAAUUAGGGUUGUCUGCCUUUCAUCGUUGCUGCCAAUUAAUGUUUGAUUAAUAUCUCUCCUUUGAUGGGGCUCUUAAUUCACAUUAGAAGUUUUAUGGUGAAACUUCUUUGCAAGAUGGUUUAUCUAAUUAUAAGCUAGCUGGUUUGCCAGGUUGGUGGAACUUGUAGCUUAUUAAGCUUAAUACAUUUUACUUUUGGAAGGUGCCAGAAAGGAUUUGACUGCCAAUACUGUACUGAACCUGUUUUAAAGCAGACUCUGAGGUGUGUCACAACUUUAAAAAAUGGAAAAGUAAUUGAAAUACCAAUGCACUUUGGGGUGUACAACCCUCUUGUUUUCUGACAAGUGUAGCUAUAUUAAAAUGAUUCCAAACAGGCAUUACUUACCUUAGAUUCAGAAAGGUUCUCUCUGCAAGUCAGAUUAAAACUAUAAUUCUAAGGCAGUAAUGCUUAUGUGAGUUUUAUCCUGUUCCCCUAGCAAUGUGUUGGGACUUUGAUUGCUUCACUGGAUUAAUAUAUUUCCCCAUUUGCCUUUAUAGUCCUCUCCUUUGAAUCAUAUUUAAAGCAUUCAGCAACCCUAGAUUUUGUUCUCCCUUACUUUUGAUGGCCUGAAACCUGAAGCAGCCCCGUUCUGUACUGUUUAGUAUUUACUGUUGGUUGUGCCUUAGGCAGUAUUCAAUAUCAAAGAGACUGUUGUAUGCCCAGAUUGGCCAUACAAGGCAUUGGAAACGCAUGACACAGUCUCCUGAACCUUUCAGGUUUUUAAAAAAGAAGUCACAGGGUGCCUAACUGGCUGAAGAUUGUUACACUGUGGGACGCAGAAUGCAGGGUUAACCUCUUUUCUUAUACUAGUUCCCUAAACUAACACACACACACAGACACCCUAGACUGCUAUUUUCACCAUUUUGAAAAACAAGUUGCUUUCUGUAAUGUGGUAAAUAACAACUUGCAGUUUUGUUUUUUUAAAAUAAUAAAAAAUGCCUCGCCUAUUGCUACAGUCCCAGUCCAAUUCAUGUAAUCCUCCAGCUGCUUUUAAAAGAAAGCAAAAUAGAUGAGAGCCCCUCCUCUGGUAGAGAGCAAGCCAGUCUUCUGUAGAGACCUGGUGGUCCUUUAGUGACAACAUGAAAACAGCCCCCCUCCCCCCGCAAGGCCCUCCCUCAGGUAAUUCAUGGCAUGGAAAGAAUAAUGGCCUUUAGACGCCUCUUUAAAGCUUAAACGCUUACCAGUCUUUCCUGGAUUCUCCCUUUUUAAUUUUAUUUUGUUUUGUACACAGAUCAGUUUUAUUUGUGCAACAAUGUUGUGUUGUGUACUUUACCUUGUUUUUAUCUAAAGAAAAUGAUACUGUGUUUUGUAUUUUUAUUUUUCUGUAAACUACUUAGCAAUUUUUACUAUAUUAAGCAGUAUUAAAAAUGGAUAAAUAAAUGAAAUGAAAUGCCUCAGCCCCCUUGGUCCUUUCAGUCCCCCAGAAUAGGAAGCCAAGUCUCCUCCUUGUUUUCUUUUCUCUUCCAAGUUGGAUGCCCUUAAAGGAAGUGCCGUAAAGAGCAAGGAAGAGCUGAGCAAGUCUCAGGAGCUCCUCAAAACCGAGAACAAGAAAAUGGAAGAGAUGAGAAAAGAACUGUAAGUGUUUAACUCUCUUACUCUUUAUGUGAGACUCCGUUUAUUAUUCGUGAAAACAAAAUGUUUGUUCAUGGUGUGUGAGGGAUGUUUUCAGUUGUUUAAAAAAAUAGUGGAGAAAUUGUGUAGCGAGAACCAUUCUUCCUUCUGAAACUUAUGAGGAUAACAAAGAAUGACUAAUAUCUUUAUUUAAAGGCACAAACUUUUUUGUUUUUAAUGAGGGUCCACUUCAUCAGAUGCAUGGUAACAGUUCCUGCGUCAGGAGAGAGCAGUCCACAAAAACCAAUGUUGAGUCUUUAAAGUGCCACAAGACUCUUUUAAAAAAAGAUACAGUGGUACAUACACUUCAGGUUACAUUCGCUUCAGGUUACAGACUCCGCUAACCCAGAAAUAGUACCUUGGGUUAAGAACUUUGCUUCAGGAUGAGAACAGAAAUUGUGCUCCGGCGGCAGCAGGAGGCCCCAUUAGCUAAAGUGCUGCUUCAGGUUAAGAACAGUUUCAGGUUAAGAACGGACCUCUGGAACGAGUUAAGUACUUAACACGAGGUACCACUGUAGUGGUAAAAAUUAUGCAGUUAUGGGUCACUGAAAGUUACUGGGCGAUACCGAUUGUUAAUACAAAUCAUGUUAUGUCGACUGCUGUGUUUGUGUUUACUGAUUUGAAAGUAUGCGUAGUUUGGCCACCUGGGGGCAUGAGCACUUUUCAGAUAGGGGCUUUUCCUCUCUCCCCACAUUGUGCACACACAAAGUUGAUCUCUUUCUUUUUUUCAUUGCUCUGCUUGUUACUAAUCCUGAUAACAGCAUUACUGGUAUUGCCUUAGACUUAGAGGAACAACCCCAAGCACAGAUACCAGAGAAUGUGGAAUGCUUAAUGCUAAGUGAGAAGGGAUUUUGUUUGCAAAAAAGCCUUUAUUUUUAAUUUCCAGCAGGGUGGUGAUGAUUUGUUUCAUUUUGUGUGGGAUUUCCCGCCCCGCCCCCCCAUAUUUUGCAUGAGCAGAAACAAACAUGUUGGUUUUUCACGACUAGCUGUGGGAGAGAUGCAGGUUCAGCCAAGUUUUGCAGUCUCUGUGGGCAGAGAGGGAGGCAGGCUCUGUCAUGCAAAGCACUGUAUGCUUCAAAUUCAACUCACAGUGGUCCCUCGUUUCUCUUUAAAACCAAGCCAACCUCAUAUUUGCAUAUUUGAGAAGCUAUUUGAUGGUGGGGAGCUCUUGAUUUCCAAACCAAUUUAUUUGCUCUCAGGAGACAUCAAGAGGAGAUAAUUAUUUCCAGGGUUGCGUAUGGUUCAAAAAGAGCCAGGAAUGAAUGCUGCUCUGGGUUUUAGAACAGAACAAGUGUGAUUGAAUCAGUCAGGGUUCAAAACUAUAUAGAAAAAUGUUAUUUAGAUUUUAUUGCAAGAUGCUGAAGGUGGGAGAUUACUAUUGAGUUGGUUGAUGCCUGUCCUAGAGUUAUCCUUUAUCUAUGUGGUCAGAUUUUUGGUAGAAGUGGAAAGAAACCCAGGCCACAGAAUUCUCAGGAAUGUACUUAGAGUGUGCUCCAGAUUCUUCUUUUGCAGCAACCAUCGAUAGAACUUUCCCAUGCUGAAUGACAUAUUUCAGACCCAUGGAUUGGUGGUUCUCCACUACCCUGUUAAAGCAUCUCUAGCUGCUCUACACAGAACUCUUUUGACGUGUUAAUACAUGCAAGAAAUAUGCCUUUACAAUUGCAUGUUUCACACAGCUACAAGUGCCAAGGAACUGAAACUGGCCUUGGCUCCCCACCCAGUGGUAAACAUCCUUGCUACCACAUAACGUUUGGAGUGACUCUCCAGGUUUUUUUGGGGGGGGGAGGGGACACCUGUAUCUGAAUGCUGGUCUAGCCAAGCCAGUCUUGGCCAUACUGGGCUGGAUGCACAACUGGUCUGGCUCAAUAGAAGGCAUGGGUUUCUCAAAAUCAAGUCAUACCAGACAAAUUUCAUUCCUUUUUUUGAUAGAGUUGCAAACUUGGUGGAUCAGGGAAAUGCUGUGGAUGUAGUGUAUCUUGAUUUCAGUAAGGCUUUUGACAAAGUCCCUCAUGAUAUUCUUGCAGAGAAGUUGGCAAAAUGUGCACUGAAGGAAGUAGCUAUUAGGUACAAUUGUAGUGGGUUGAUUGACAGAACCCAAAGCAUGCUCACUAAUGGUUCCUCAUCAUUCUGGAAAAAAGGGACAGGUGGGGUACUGCAGAAUUCUAUCCUGGGCCCAUUGUUGUUCCAUGACUUAGAUGAAGAAAUUGAGAGGGUGUUCAUCAAAUUUGCAGAUGACACCAAACUACGAGGUACAGCUAAUGCCACAGAAGACAGAAUCAGGAUUCAAGAUGACCUUAAAAGGUUGGAGAACUGGACCCAAACUAACAGAAUGUAUUUCAAUAGAGACAAAUGUCUUCCUGCACUUGGGCAGGAAUAACCACAAAUAUAAGAUGGGGUACACCUAGCUUACUAGCAGUACAUGUGAAAAGGAUCUAGGGGUCUUAGUAGACCACAAGCUUCACAUGUGUCAACAGUGUGAUGCAACAGCAAAAGGGCUUAACAGAAGUCUCGUGUCCUGAUCAAGAGAAGUAAUCGUCCCAUUUUAUCAGACCGCACCUGGAGUCCUGUGUCUAGUUCUGAGCACCGCAGUUUAAGAAGGAUAUUGAGAAACUGGAACAUGGAGGGCAACCAAGAUGGUGAAAGGUCUGAAAACCAAGCCUUAGGAGGAGCAGUUGAAGAGGCUGGAAAAGAGGAGACUGAGAGGAGAUCUGAUGGACGUCUUCAAAUAUCUAAAGGACUGUUACAUGGAAGAUGGAGGAAACUUGUUUUCUCCUGCUCUGGAGGGCAGGACCAAACCAAUGGAUUCAAGUUACAAGAAAGAAGAUUCUGACUCAACAGUUGGAAGAACUAUUUGACAAUAAGAGUUGUUUGACAGUGGAAUGGAUUCUUCCACCUUCUGAGGAUUUUAAAUCAGAGGUUGGAUGCUCAUCUUUCAUGGAUGCUUUGGUUGAAAUUCGUGCAUUGCAGAGGAUUGGACUAGAUGACCCUUAGGGUCCCUUCCAACUCUACAAUUCUAUUAUUCUUUCUCCAAAAAUGUCUAUUAGUGGGCCUCAUUCUUACUCUCCAGCAAUCCAAGCAUCACUCAAGACCACUUACAGAACAAGUGCAUGGUUGCUUUUUGAGGUGACAAACCAAAACAGCUAGAAAACUCUUAGAUGUUGGAACUCCUAAUGCAGAUGAUCUCAGGGCUCUUCAGUGUUGCUGACACUGAUCGUUCACCAUAAAACAUUUUGAAUUUGAGCUGGGUGGCUGAGUCUUUUGGUUAUGACCCCUCUGUGGAUGGAAAUUAACCCAUGAGCACACUAGAUGGUGUGCUGCUUGCACUGUGCUGAUUCUUGAUGCUUCCUGCACUGCUUCUCUCUAGUUCAGUGGUUCCCAAUUAGCUAAUUACUGAGGACUCCCUAUUUAUCAAAAGCCAAGCCACAGACCCCCUGCUUUAGAAAAUUUUGGUAACUGUGGUAGUUACCUCUGCAAAGCAAUUUUUUGAACAAAAUAUGAGGUGGCCCCUAAUAAGCAAAGGAUUUUAGGCACAUAGUAAAAAACAAACAAACAAAACCCAGGGCUGAGUGAUAUCUGGUUUUCAACAUCGGAAUAUAUCCGCAACUAAACAUCAUGAUAUUCCAAUAUAUCACAAUGUCUGAAAUCAGGCGUGGGGAUGAGGGAGGGAGCAGCCAUAGAGAUCGGAUGGGUGGGGAGAGGAAGCAGAGGCACCUUCAUCACGUGGUUUGAGUCGGAGGGCAUAGGGAUGGAGCCUUCAUUGGCGGGGCAGCCAGUGAAGUUGCAUGUCCUCUGUGGCUGCUGCUGCUUUCCUGCUGACUGAGAAAAGCUGCUCUACCUCAGUGCUAGGGGAAGGUAGUGCCACUAUGCCUUGACGUGAGGGCGAUCAGCUGUCCUGUUCUCCGUUAGCAUAAGGGGAAGAUAGUGCCUCGCAAUCGGUUGCCCUGGUCUCCCUCAGCAUGAGGGAAGGCAGCUCAGAUCAGCAGCGUUAUCGGCUGAGAUCAUCAUGCGAUAUCGGCGGUGCCUUGGAAUUGGCUGCCCUACACUCAUAUUGCUGUGUCAUUUUGCCGAGUCAAAAUCGUUAACGCGGUGUGAUUUCAAAACCAAUUUUGGCCGAUAUAUUGAAAAAUUGCACAGUGCUAAAACAGACCAUAAAAAUCAUGAUAUUACCAUGCAAAAAUGACAAAAAUGUAGUUCAGGGGGAUGCAAGAGAUGGAGCUGUGAACCCCCUGGGUGCGUUCCGUGGUCCUCCAGGGGGCCCUGGACCCCUAAUUGGGAACCACUGCUCUAGUUGUUUGCCACUUGGGAAUAAUUAGCAAGCAAGCAAUGUAGUAGUGCAAGCCACAAAUGUUCUCAUAUACAUGCAGAAGGCAAUUUGUGGGCUUUUGCUUCUUACCCUCCAAGGUACCUGGUUGAUCUUGUAACACAACUGACUUAGUUUAUUUUAUUUUCAUCUCCCUCUUUCUUCUGGAUGGCUGUGGAAUGUUUGCCAUUCACAAGCAGCAGAGAAGCAAAGAGCUGGGAGAGGAGGGGGAGAGUUAGGAGUGGGGAGUAGAAAGCACUGAAAACCCACCAAAAUCAGCCCUAAAAUAAGUCUUGACAAUAACAUAGCUGCCACUUUGUGAGUUGUCUUUAUAUAUAAUAUACCAUAUUUUUUGCUCUAAAGGUCGCACCAGACGAUAAGACGCACCUAGUUUGGGGGGGAGGAAACAAGAAAAAAAAAUUCUCUAGCUGUUCUGGCUUCUGGGAUAGCCGCUGAAGCCUCUCCCGGGCAGCGGGAUGAAGGCUCCCCCUGCCCGGAAGAGGCUGCCCGCGGGUAAGCUGCCCUCUGUACCUUCCCUCAUCUCCCACAAGAACCGCACGCUCUUUAAAGGGAGUGCGGUUCUUGGGGGCUUUUCUGGGAGGUGGGGGAAGAGUCCUCUUGCGGGAAGUGGGGGGAAGGGACAGAGUCGCGCGACUCUGUCCCUUCCCCCCACUUCCCGCAAGAGGAAGGCAAAGCCUUCGCAGGACAGCAGGGAGCCUUCAUCCCCGUGCCCUGCGGAGGCUUCGCGGGCUGUCCCAGAAGCCAGAACAGCGAGACGGAGCACUGCGCAGCGCUCCCUCUCUCUGUUCUGGCUUCUGGCUUAGCCGCGCAGCCUGCAUUCGCUCCAUAAGACGCACACACAUUUUCCCUUACUUUUUAGGAGGGAAAAUGUGCGUCUUAUAGAGCGAAAAAUACGGUAAACCUUAUUGCAUAUUUCACCCUGCACCUAUUGCAAGAUUGUUGAGCGGGGUUUUAAUUAGAAACAAAUUGCUGCAACAUCUGGGGACUGGUUGUGUGUGUUGUUGUUGGGGGGGGGGGUUGUGGCAGUCUGCUGCCUGAACUCUUCUUCAGUCUCUCUCAGCUCACACCAUUCAUGAGAGAAGAAUCUUAACACGGUUAUACUUGACCCAGCCCACUUACAGCUAUGAUAAAUGUGUGUAUUUGCUUUUUAAAAAAAUGUUUCAAAUGGCAUGGAAAGUAAUUCAUUUAAAAAGAAGUGAUUCCACACCUAGCAUCCACUGCCUUCCUUUCGAAGAUCGAUGCUGGACAGAGGAGGGCAUUUGGGAUGUGGGUUGUCACCUUAUUAAAUAUCUCAUCAAGCAUGAGAUUUUCUCUCCCUUCCUUUUUUUUGCAAGCUGCAAAACUGAUUUCUCUCCCACUGUUCCCCUCCCUUGCCCUUCUUGUUCCUAUGGUAACCAUGCGCUCUCUGUCUUCACAGAGAAGUACUAAAGCUGGUAGAGGCUGAGAAGUCCCAGCAGCUUGCCGUCUUGCAAGAAGAGAACAUUAAACUUGCUGAGGAGCUUGGCAAAGGGGAAGUCACCAGUCACCAGAAGGUAUGUCCUUUCACGUUGACUUUCCAGGGGUGGAGUUUGCUAUAAGCGAGUUUUUAAGAGCUAGCCAUGCUCUUCCAUUUGUGUGUGUGUGUGUGUGAGAGAGAGAGAGAGAGAGAGAGAGAGAGAGAGAGAGAGAGAUUUCGGCACAUGCUGAUGAUUGAGGGAAAUUGUCUUUCAGGGUAUAAAUGCCAGGAAAGCAGCAGCAGCAGCAACAAGGCAACGAGAACUUAAAAUGAAUUCAGUGUUUAUUGUGGGGUGAUCUCUUGUGGGCGGCUGAAGCUAGCAAAAGUCCACCCUGACAGGAAAGCCAGUCUAUCUCCAAGGUGCUACGCUUGUGGCUCUUCCAUUGGGUUUUAAAGUAUUUGAGCAUAAUAUCUUCAAAGAUAUCCAAGAAAGGGGAAAAAUUGCAUAAUACCCAACAAAUCCUUUGCAGGAGAGAGGAGGUUUGAUGGAAAGAAGUGUUGAUUGUUAGCAGGGGUCUAUAUCUAUUGGCUUUAGAGAUUGGUCAACCUUUCUGUCAGUGGCUUUCCUUACAUUAAUAUCUCUAUAAUGGGGUUUUUGUCACAGUGACCUUCUGAAGCUGCUUGCUGAACCCGCCCCCCACUCCCAAACCAACAACACACCGCAGCACUAAUUUGUAAAAGGGAUGUUUGAGCAAGUGAGCAAAACUGUUUUUAAGUAUUGAAAGCUGUGUUUGAUGAUUCUGAACUGGAAUAUGUGCAAAUGAGAUUCAUUGUGCUUGCUGUGAGAUUUGCUUGGGAUAGAUGUGUGGUCAUUUAGUAGCUGUUUAAAAUCUAUUUCAUAGCAUUUAUUAACAUAUACUUAUAGUAUGGGCCUUUCAUGCACAAUCUCUGUUGAAAUGAAUGGGAGUUGGCCAGGAUCACACACUUGGUGCUGACUCAAGGGAUCUGUGUUCUGCUUCAGCCUUUGCACAUCACACACAAGCAACUUUCAGCAAACUUCUAAGUCAGGGAUCUAAGAAAAACUCUGCAAUGGCCCCAACACCUUAGAGAGCAUAUUAUGUUCACACAAUCAGUCAUCAUCUUUUCAUCCUUCUCCUCAUUGGGUAGUAAGUGUAUUCAUUGCAAAGGUAACAAGACGAUCCAAAACCUGUAGUCACAACCAAGUAUCUGGGUACAUCUACUUAAUAUCUUUCUAAUUUUGCCGCAUGCAUCAUGUUUUGAAGUAAUUUGCAAUCGUAUUUUGAUUUGGGUUAGAGUUUUUGUGCGAGAGGAAUGAGUAGGAGACAAGCAUGGAUUCUUCUACAAGCUUUUAUUUGCAAAUAUGAGGACUAGGAACUUGGUUAUUCAAAAGAGAAGCAGAUGUCCUCAGCAACCUAGGGAUAUGCAGAAUGCCCAAGCUUUGUCAUUAGUAUCGCUUUGGGCUUGAAAACUAUAUCAGCAGUAGUUGGGAAGCUGAGAAGAAACUGGGACACUGAGGAGGCAGAGAGCCCAGGCAUUACAUUUCAGCCUCUUACAGCAAUUCUUGUCCUUUUGUCUCUUGGGGAAACCUGCAGGGGUCCCUGGACUAAUUAAUGUGAACUAAAAUAGUAUGUAGACCUUAUUGCAAGCACAGGCUCCGAUGCUGGACCAACAAAGCACUCUGGGUAUGGCUUGCAGACAUACAUUUUUUAAAAAAUUGAAUUUUAAAUUUGAUUUGUAAGCAACUUUAAAUUGUUGGAUAAAGAGGGGGCACUAAUAAUGGGUGUCUGCUCAAGGCAUGGUAGUCAUGGAGCUAAAUACGUGAUAAAGCCUAGUGUAGCUAAUUAGCCCAGAUCAGCCACUUCUGCAAGGCAUCCCAAUGCUCCCUUUCAAUACAGGAGCACCCCCAGCCCAGCAGAAGCGAGUAGCUUACCAAGUUGGUGGGUAAGGAUUGCUGAAGUGGAGGCAGCCUAAAUUUACCUCUCUAACUUCUUAAAAUUCAAAAUCACACCAGGAAGCCCAAUUUGCCAGUCCCUUCUCCUGCACAGGCCCUCUUCCAACAAAAAGAAGUUGCUCACCUCUCUGCAUUUCCGUUGCCCCCAUUACAUAAGGCUUCGGAAGGGGCUUCCAGGUGGGUGGGUGGGUGGGUGAUUGGGUGUAAAUUGGUUAAGAGAAAGAGCUUAACCCAAAGUUAAAUCUGGUCCAAGGACUUUCUGCCUCUUCUUCACCUUCCCUUGCUGCAUAUGACAGUUGUUGGCACAGAAGUCCUAGAGAAAAGAAAUCUGGUAACUGGAAUUGGAGUGUUAGCCUAGGAAGAAUAUCCACCUACCAAGUUGGGGUGCCAAGGAAUGUGAAUUGGCUAGCCCUAAAACAUAAGUGAAACAUGUUGAUUUGCUAAGGUUUUUUCAACAGUGUUGUGAGCAACCCAGGAUGUUCCUUCGAACCUUAACAAAAAGAUCAGUAAUGGCAGCCAAGUCCAUUGGUUUAUCAUUACCACUAUAACUCAGCAAGAUGUUCUAGGGCGCACUGUUAGCUCACACAGAGCAGUGAUGAAACCUGACCAGCACCCAUGUAAACUGAGUGUGUGUACGGUUGUCAGGCCCCUUGGGCCUGAAGUCUCCAGGUACACCCACCGCCCCCAGCUGGCAGGCUUGAAUCUCCAUGUGGGGCUGCCCUACCCAGGCUGCCUAAGCAGGUAAGAAGGAAUGAUCCCCUUAAUUCAGCUGGACCUGGGAAUACAGUGGUACCUCGGGUUACAUACGCUUCAGGUUACAGACUCCGCUAACCCAGAAAUAGUACCUCGGGUUAAGAACUUUGCUUCAGGAUGAGAACAGAAAUCAUGCUCCAGUGGCAUGGUGGCAGCAGGAGGCCCCAUUAGCUAAAGUGGUGCUUCAGGUUAAGAACAGUUUCAGGUUAAGAACGGACCUCCAGAAUGAAUUAAGUACUUAACCCGAGGUACCACUGUACCCCCUUUCACUAAGAUUUCUGACUUAAAUUCCAAUGAGUGACCUAUUUGCUCAUUUGUUGGACCUUGUGUUUUUUGUUUGAAAAUAACGACUGUGCUUAAUGAGAUCACUGAGGCCUGAUCCAUGACAUCUCCAGGAGCCGCCCCCAGGCCUCAGGUUUGGCCCUGAAAUCUCAGGAAGUGGGAGGCUCCUGACCUGGCAGCCAUGCGUGUGUGCUCUAAAAGAACUCUCUGGUUCUAUGGCGGAGAAGCCAGUGUGGAAAGGGUCCCUGAAGACCUCUGCUUUAGAAUGUACGUCAGAGAAGGGCUUGCAUAAAAUUCAGAUGGCCAGCCUUUCUUUGUCCAGUGGAAGUUAGAAAGCAGUAAAUGAAAGCUGUCCAGAAUGAGCUUAUUUUUCGGAGUGAGAUUUAAUGUCUUUAAAACUAGCAUGAUGAGUCUUCCACUUACCUUGCAGGUAUUUUUGAUUGGUACUUCUAGGAUAACAAUAUAAAUUCUGGCCAGUAUAUGUUAGUGAAUCUGUAUAUGCCUGAGGCAUUUUGCAGAUUUAAUUGGUAUUGUUUCAUCAGUGUUUUAUAUUUACAUCUGAAGUUUGUGUAUUUGAGUAGAGGAAAUAUGGGUGUUCUCUUCAUGACUGCUUAAGUAAUUAGCUGCUUUGUAAUUAAUUAAAGGAUAUUCAAUCAUAUAUUAGACCCUUACCUUGGGGAAAUUUUCUGACUUGCAGUAUUUCAGAUCUUCGUGUGGCAGCCCUUAAUUUAAAAUUAGGAAGUCUUAUUACUUAAAAAAAUUAAUCCUCCAUUCUACAUAUUUUUUGCUGAAAGAAUUUCCCAUAAUCCAUUUGGUCCUGCUGGGGGUAGCAUAUGCAAUUUUUUUCUGUUGAUGGGGGCAGGGAGAAGGGCUACUGCCAGAAAUUCUCAGCAAGAAGCAAAGGUCUUUUCUUGGAUAUAUUAAAAAUAAAUUGUAAAAUAAGUAUGUCAUAUUCAGAGCUUUUGUGGUGGUUAUUUAUAUCACAUAAUAUGUAGAGAUGUGGUGUUCCUAAGUAGUAAGUACACGUAGUCUGGCUGCACCAUUUGAGUGGGAGAGGGAGUUGAUACUUUCUCAUCAAACACUGUGUACAACAGACCUGUUCCUCCAUGAAUACUGACCCAGCUCUAGGGCAUUAUAAGGAUUUUCAGACUGUGGUGAGGUUAAACUGGCAGAUUAUUAUUAUUAUUAUAGUUUGUAAUUUAUUAAUAUUCUUCCACACAAGUGCAUCAGAGGCAAUGUACAGUAGAAAGAGGAAAACAAAUAAAUGUUUUUUUAAAUCAAAAGAAUACAAAAUAGACACCCAUGGCAGAGAACCGUUCAUCUAGCUGGGAAAACCCAUUGGAACAAUUGUCUUCAGAAGGUGCAGAGGGGGUGCCUGUCAUCUCACAACAUUCCUCAGUUCUGAGGAAGUCUGCUGUCCAGAGGAGAUCUCUGAGGGCUCUCCGUGACAAGCUAUUGCCAAAGAUGCCCCUUGAAGUCAAUUGGGGUGGGGGCAUGGCAGUGGUGGGUGGAGCAACAAAUGUGAAUUUUACCUUUUUGCAGUAGGUUACAUCUCUGCAGCUUGCAGGAAGGAGAUUUCACGGGCUGCCCUUGUUUACCUCCGAUUUAAGCCCUUGUAUCCUCCAUCCUUCAGAACAAAGGCACUUUCCCUUCCAAAUUCUUCUCCUUCCACCUCUGGAGUUUCAGUUUUCUUGCCUCUACAGCAAGCCUUGAAAUUGAGAGCAGUAGCAUGUGCAGCCUGCCUGUGCGGGGGAGGCAGAUGAGCUGUCCUCUGGAGCUGUCACUGAAAAUAGCUAUAUUAGACUUCAAGCACAUUCUCGGCACAAUAUGAUGUCUGUUCUAGGCCAAACCUCCCAUGGUUUGCACUUUCCUUCUCUCUCUUGUGGGGGGGGGGAGAGAGAGAGCAUCAGCCUCUCUUGGGAACUGAGGGCCAAAGCUCAGAGCUGAGAGACAUGGAGGGGAAUGGCUAUAGCUAGGGAGAUCUGGGGGCCAGGGGAUCUGGCUGGCUGCUGUUGUGGGAUUAAAAGGGGCAGAGGAGGACUCUCCUGUCAGGAUUCAACAAAUCCCUCUGGUCAAAGAGAGCAUGUGAAGAGAGGAGAAAGAGUUGGGGAAGAGGCAGCGUUGCCUCAUGCGCCUGCUGAAAAUAACAAAUUUCUGUGAAAAUGGCUUCAGUUGCAGAGGAUCCCCCCUUUUUUCACCUCUGGAGAGAAGACAAUCUGCAAAUUAGGCAAAGUUGCAGGAUGUUUGAAUUAGAAGAAAGCACUGUUUGAUUCUUAAAUGGUAAAUGAGACUGAUUUUCUCUUUCAGCUGGACGAAGAGAGAUCUGUCCUUAAUAACCAGUUGCUAGAGAUGAAAAAGAGGUAAGCUUUCUCACGGGGGGGGGGGGUGUUUGGGUGUGUGCACCUACAGACAAUUGGGAAAAAUAGGACUAAAUAAACCCACAGUGAAGCUGUUUGAUUCCAUCUACCCUUCUUUAGUUGAAGUAACCCAGGACUGCACACUUCAGCUGUUGACAAUGCAUGUGGAAUACUAAAUACAUGCAAAAAGUUUCAUCCUUCUCAUCACUAAAAUUUGUGUGAAAAGGCUUGACCUUAAGAAGCAUUUAACAUUGCUUAAUCUAGCAUGUACCAUACUCUGUUAGAUGUUCCCUUCUAUUCUACAUUUCAGCACCUAGAUAAUUGUGCCAUUUUUAGCACUAGAGUAUUGAAUCGCUUUAACAGAUCUGGAAACUGCGCAAAGCCUCCCCGUGGAUCAGCUUCAAAAGUCUUCAUUAAGUGGUUUUGUCAAAAUAUUGCUAAACUCUACACCCACUUCAGGCAAAUAACUCUUAACAGUUUGACUUUAAACCUCCCCACCCCAAUGGCACAUUAGUCCAUUGUCUCUUUAGACAGACAGAGGCCAACAACUUAUAAAGCUGGAAGUGAAACAUCUUAACAUUGACAUUUUAACACCUUCAGGGGAUAACUAAUUUAGAAAAAAAGCAUCCUAGCAAACAUAAAUAUUCUGGAUAGAAAAUAUACUGGAUAGAAACAUGAAUGAGUUUUAUUUCUGAAGUAUGCUUACAGGGUGCCUUGUAGUUUAUGUAACUUUGUAGUGAUUGAGACAGUUAAAUUAACCAGGGACUUUCCAAACAGUUCAUUUUCAAGACUCAGGAAUUAGCAGUAGGUUUUCUGCCUAACCUCUUAGGUUUUGUGAUGCAAAAACAAGAGAUCUUUGGUCAGUUGAUAUAGAGAGACCUCAUGGAGUGAGCAGUCUUGCCCAUCACCCUUUCACCCACAAUAAUUCUUCUUCUGCUGCCCCCAAAAUUGUCUUUGUGAAAGUAGGUAUUAGAACAGCCUUUUCCAAGCUGGUGCCCUCUGGAUAUUUUGGACUACAACUUCCAUCUGCCCCAGCCAGCGCAGCCAAGGGUCAGCAACAGGGAACAGAGCAGCCCUCAGGGUACUGGGAGGGUGAGAGGUGAGGUGGCAGCGAGGUUGGUACCAUCGGAGCCCCUGGGGCGCUCCCCCCCUGGCUUUGCCCCUUUCCCCCUCUCCCUGGGUAAGCCAAAGUGACGCACGUGGUGGGAGGUCAGCUAAGUGCCACUGAUUCCUAUUGGUUGUAGUUCAAAACCUCUGGAGGGCACGAGGUUGAUGAAGGCGGAGUUAGAGAAUUUUGGGACUCUCUAGCUAAAAGGGGUCUCAGUGUUGCUUCAGCUCAUUAGAUCCAUUGUGGAUUUGCUAACUGUCUGACUUGUCUCUGAGCCUGCGCUAUUUUCUCAAUACUCAUUUCACUCCUCUCUCUCCCCUUUCCUACCCUUGCUUCCUUUGCUAUAUCUGUGUGUCUUUAAUGGUAAGACUAAAGAAAGUCUAUCCACGUUACAAUAAAUAACUUUUUUUUCCUCGCCAAUAAAAAUUGUUGUACAUAUUUUUCGGCUGCCUUUUUGUUUCCUUAGUGUCUUGCUUUUUUGUUUCGUUUUUUGUUUCGUAAAAUACUCAGCAGUAUUAAAUCUUUUUUUUUUUUUUACAACAACAACAGAAUCCACUUCAGUGCAAAUUUAGUUCUUCCUUUACUGUAUUUUGCAUUUCUCUUCCAUGUUUCUAACAUGUGGUUCUUGUUAUCUUGCAUUUUUAAAGCUUGCCCAGUAUCACUUUAAGGUACUUGCUUCAUUAUUUGAAUUUCUUGGUUUCUUCUGUGGCAAGCGAAGAAUCUGGGUGUGCUUCUAGCUGGGAGUUUUUGGAGUCACCCAUGUGAUCUAUUUAGUAGCUGCUUCUGGGCACAAACCACUAAGAAUGUCUCCUGCACAAAUCUACUUCACUCAGUGGAGCAAAUCCCAUUCAUUUCAGUGGAACUUGCUCAGGAGAUGCUUCUGGUGGGGGGAGCCCCUUGCAACCUUAAAUGUCACUUUAAAAAAUUGGUACAAAACAUGGGAAUUACUGUACAAAAUGGUCAUGAGCCCUGCCCUAAGAAACCAAUUGGAAACUGUUGUUAAAUGGGUCUUUUGAGCCAUGAAAUUAUACUUUUCAAGUUGAUAAUAACUGUGCUCCCAUCCUACAAGAAAACGGAUGAGGUUUCUCAGCAUGACUGAGCUUUCAAAUUGCUGGGUGUGGGGGUGGGGGUGUAUACAUACAUACAUACAUACACAUACACACACACACACAACUACAUAGAAAUAUAUAUAGUUUGUCAUUCAAAGCACAUCUUCCAAUUUAACCAUAGAAUGGCCACAUUUUUUUAACCCAAGGAUAAAUAUUGGCAGAGGUUUUUCAAGCAUUUUGGUGCCAAGGCAGAAUUUCCAAAAGACUAUUUUCCCUUAUGUUAGUAAAAACAUAAUAAAAUGAUUAUUUGCUGUGCCUUACCUUACUGCGGCCAGGGGUGGACUGUCUCAUUUUGCCUGAUGCUAAGAUGGGACGCGGGUGGCGCUGUGGGUUAAACCACUGAGCUUGCCGAUCAGAAGGUCAGCGAUUCGAAUCCCCGCGAUGGGGUGAUCUCCCGUUGCUCGGUCCCUGCUCCUGCCAACCUAGCAGUUCGAAAGCACGUCAAAGUGCAAGUAGAUAAAUAGGUACCACUCCGGCGGGAAGGUAAACAGCGUUUCCGUGCGCUGCUCUGGUUCGCCAGAAGCGGCUUAGUCAUGCUGGCCACAUGACCCGGAAGAUGUACGCCGGCUCCCUCGGCCAAUAAAGCGAGAUGAGCACCGCAACCCCAGAGUCGGUCACGACUGGACCUAAUGGUCAGGGGUCCCUUUACCUUUACCUUUAAGAGCCCAAUGGUUCUGGGCCUCUGUUAUGUAUCACGGGGGUUCUGUGCUGGCAGAUCCAGUUGAAGUGUUUGGAGGUGUAUGCAAGAGGCAUUUUUCAAAGUCAAGGUGGAAGGGAACAAAUGUGAGAGGUGUCUGAGAAGAAAGGGCAUUUGAAAUGUGUAUAUAUUAGGCCUGUCACCUGAUUUGAAAUAGUUUACCUAAUUAAUUAUAUGGGUUCUAGUUAAUUGCUUAAAUUUUCAUAUGUGUAAAGAAAUGCUCUGAUGCAGAAAGCAUGCUUUUUAGAUGAUGUGUGCAUGCAUUGUAGCUGUACAUCAUCUUAGAAAAGGCAUAUAUUCGCCCUUGUCUCUCACAUUAGAGAGAGACCCUCAGUUAGGAUGGUACUUGCCACUUCCAUAAGUAGUUGUAUUAUAAAUAAUAAUAUAAAUUUGUGUGUGUGUGUGUGUGUGUGUGUGUGUGCGCGCACCUUUUUAGUCUGUCCACAGUUUUUAACUGACUAAGCACUGCAGCCCAAGUAACUACUGGCCAUGCGCUUUCCCACUUGCAGAAGGGCUUGUGAAAUGUGGAAGUGUGGAAUGUCACUGGCCAGAAGAACAGUUCGCAUGAUAAGCUGUGAACACCUCCAAAAUUAGGUGCAUUUCUCACACACACCCGAAACACAAUGUUUUCUGUCUAGUGCAAAGACUGGCAUCUUAAUAAUCCUGGCUCUUCUUUUCUGCUUUUCAAUCAAGUUCCUAGUCCCCAUGGUUGUCAGGAGAAGCUUAUACUCUUCUCUGUGCCCUCCUGCCAUUUCCUUUCUUCUCAAAUUGUGUAAGCCAGUGCAAAAAUGAUGCAAAACUAGCCCAAUAUUGUGAAUACAACUUGCUUUUUGUGUGUGCAGAGUUUACCUAUAUGGACACACUUUUACUUACACUCAAGCACAUACCCUGAAUGCACACAGUUCAGUGUUAUACCCAGCGAUGCACAGACGGCCCCAGUAAUUAUGCAAGGCAUGCUGCUGUUAGUUUUAGCAGACCAGUGGUCAAUGCUUGACAUAUAGGAGCUGUCACUCAUGUGCUCAACAAGCACUCUGCAGAAUCAAAGGAAGACUUAAAUGCCAUGGAGCUUUUCUGGAACAAAAGACAGCCUUUCUGAUAUUUAGAAGAGACACUCUGGGCAGCUGUUUGGGGGCUGUGGCCUGAUUCUGUUCAAUUCCUUCUCUGUCUUAAAAAACAACAACCCUGACCCAGCUGUGGUGUGUGCCUUCAUGUCUGUACAUCCCAGAUUCUCCAGUUGCUGCUUCCAUGACUAAGACUAAACAUCUGCAUAACUUCAGAUAGAAUUCUGUGAUGUAUUAUCACUGUUGGUUGUUUGUUUGUUUGUUUUUGCCAUAUUUCUUGGGCUCCUGCAAGGACUGUGCUGUAUUUCACCCGCUGGUUAUCAUGGUUCUCACUAACUGUAGAUACCAUGGACACUUAACAACCUUUGGUUUAGGGCUAUUGAUUAUCCCUUUCUUCAGUUUGCAUUUUGCUCCAUCUGGAUGUGCAUGAGAUACUCUCUUGCUCUCUCUUUCUCUGGCUACCUCUGCUCGAUUUUAGUUUCCUCCAAUAGCAAUUGUUGGCUGUCUUUAAAAACAAGAACAAAAAACAGUCCUACUCUCCCAGUAAAGGGAUUGAACCAAUUUGUAGUGUCUCCCAUUCAGGCCCUAUUUAAAUAAGUAGGAAUUGAACAGUAGCAUCCCGUUAUUUUCAGUGUGCCUUUUAGAGGACUUGUUUUCUGUGACUGUGUCCAGAAAAGUAACAGGGCCCUGCCUCAAGGGUUGAUAUUGUUGGUCAUCUGCUGAGGGCCCAGUAUGAACCCAUUGACACGAGCCCCCUUGGCUCUUCACCAUUGCAGCCUUCUUGGCAGUUCACCUGCCUCUUCCUCUGGCCCCCUCAGCCGUGGGGAUGAGAGGCGGCAGGAGCAGAGGCCGCUGCCUGUCAGCCGAUUAGGCCUCUUCCGGGCAGGCAAGCAGGUGGCAGAAAGGAAGCAGGAGGAAGAGCAGCAGCCAGGAGCAGCCCAAGCCAUUUUGCUGCCUGAGGCAAAGGGCAAGGUGGUGCACAAAACCUGACUAGACUGGUAGCUGGCUCUUUCUUCAGCAUUCAUGGUGGAACCGCAGAGCAGCAAGCUAGCUUAGGGGCCGCUGGGCAGACCACAUGGCACACAUUUAAAGCCACCCCCCAAGCAAAUGCCUCACUCUGCCUCCUGGAAGGGCCAGUCCUGGCAGCAGCAGUUGCUCGCUGUGGUGGUGAGAAGGUCAAUGAAGGAGCCCUGCGGAGUCAGCUUGAAUUGUCGGGGGAAAGACAGAAGGGGCCCUUAAUGAACUUCACAAAGUGUCUCUUCCUCUCUUCUUAGCCAAGUCAUGGUCCUGGCCUGUGGCCUUCUGAAGACAGUAGUCAAGGGGACUGUCAGAAUUGCUACGAAGGGCAGGGCCCACUGUGAUUCACGCGUUGAGUCAGUGAUGCAGAAAUAUUGGAAGGCCAAGGCAUUUAAAUUCUUGUGUUUCAAGUGACUUAACAAAUCUGAAGGCAACUUUGUUUUCUCCACCACUUCCCUGUUUAAUGGCAGCUCCCUUAGUAAAUUUAGGCUACGUCAAGUGCUUGUGCCUGGAUUUUCAGACUGCCUUCUUCAUCUUUAAAAGUUUCUUGUCAAAACUAGUGGAUGUCAAAUGCUUAAGAAGAAAGUCUUAAAAGCCUCAGCUGCCAAGCCUUUCCUGAAUGCUGAGAGAGGUAUACAUUACCACCACCAACAUCCAAAUGCUACAAAACCAAUUUUAAGAUGCAGGCAAAUGUAAAUAGCUUCCAGCCGCACAGCUGGGCAAGAGUGUUCUGAAGGCCCCUCAGCCAACUCCUUGGUGGUUUUUUUUCCCAUAGCCAUCUAUCAUGCUAUUUGCUUAGGAAGCCGCUUGUUGUGAUGCAAGCAAAAAAUAGAGGUGUUUAGUGUUUUUAUAUGCUGAAUAAUAAUAGUUUACAACCCUUUGAACUGUACAUUUGUGUUUUAGUUUGUUACAGACCAACCAACCCUCUGUUAAUACGCUCCCAGUUACUCUGGGUCAAAAAGUGCAUUCUCUGGAAAUUUGGAUGUUAACAGAAAUUAGUGAGGACCAACUGAUAAGUCCAGCUUCACCCCUGCUUUGCAUGACAGCUGUGUACCUGAGCUUUGCAUGCACUUUUCGUUGCUUGUUAAUAAUGGUUCCAAGAAGUAACAAAAGUCUGAAAUUAGGCUCACUCUAUGCAACCUUUCCCCUCCUUUUCAGUUUUCUAUCUCCCAAUCCUAUUAACAUUUUUCUUUAAAUUCAAAUGGAUACAAUGAUAUGCAGAUUCUGGCAUGAAUCUACAUAGGUAAAACUUUUCACUUUAUUUCUACUGCUGUAAAAUCCCAAAUAAUUUUGCCAAGUAUUAAAUCUCAGUAAGCAAAGCUAGAACUGAAACUUCUGAUAAGAACCUUUUCUACUUCUAUAAUAGUUUUAAAAAAUCAACCUCUUCCCCCCGCCCAACUUGGCCUUUUAAGCAAUACUAGUGGAGCAAGUCUUCACCUAACUCAUGAAACCGUUUGACUCUCUCUUUUAGAGAAUCUGACUUAAAAAAAGAAAUUGAUGAAGAAAGAACAUCCUUGCAGAAAUCCAUCAGUAUUACUAGUGCCUUGAUCACAGAGAAAGAUGAAGAACUGGAAAAGCUCAGAAAUGAGGUACUAUUUUUAGAAACACCGUCUGCUGACUUUUAGCUGGUUUGCAAAAUAUACCCUUCAGUUCGGGUGAUGAGGUGGGCUGGUAUGGGAUAAUACAUAUAAAAAUACAAUAUAAAAAACCUUUCAAAUACAGUGGUACCUUGGUUUACGAACUUAAUCCAUUCCGGAAGUCUGUUCUUAAACCAAAGUGUUCUUAAACCAAGGCAUGCUUUCCCAUAGAAAUUAAUGCAAAAUGGAUUAAUCCGUUCUAGGCUUUUAAAAACAACCCCUAAAUCAGCAAUUUAACAUUAAUUUUACUAUCUAACGAGACCAUUUAUCCAUAAAAUGAAAACAAUAAUCAAUGUAUAAAAUAAAUAAAACAAUAUUGUAGAUGAUAAAAAUGAAAAUUAAAAAAAUUUCUUACCUGCACUGAUGAGAGUCAUUGUUUGGUUGGAGGGCUUUUAUCCAUUUCCGCAGUCAAUCAAUCAAUCAAUCAAUCAGUAGCUGAACUGGGUUCCACACAGUUCCCACCCACCCCCCACGCUGCUGUGGGAAAUGCUCCCUAGAGCGUGCGUCUCCCACAGCAGCUGGGGGGGGGGGCGCGGGGAGUUGCCCUACCCAAGAUGUGUGCAGAAACACCCAGUCAGGCAAUUCUAAAUUUUCUUGUGCAAAUCUGAGGGAUCAGAAGAAAAAAAUAUUCAUAAAAGUCUAAGCUCCUGAAACACCUGAAGGAGCGUUAUACCUGAAAGAUGGUCUCCACCCCCAUCGUUCAGCCCGGACACUGAGAUCCAGCGCCGAGGGCCUUCUGGCAGUUCCAUCAUUGUGAGAAUGAGGUUACAGGGAACCAGACAGAGGGCCUUCUCAGUAGUGGCGCCCAUCCUGUGGAACGGCCUCCCAUCAGAUGUCAAGGAAAUAAGCAGCUAUCCUAUUUUUAAAAGACAUCUGAAGGCAGCCCUGUUUAGGGAAGUUUUUAAUAUUUAAUGCUGUAUUGUUUUUAACACUCGAUUGGGAGCCGCCCAGAGUGGCUGGGGAAACUCAGCCAGAUGGGCGGGGUAUAAAUAAUAAAUUAUUAUUAAUAAUAAAAACAACAACAACACCCUUACUAAAAUGCUGAAAAAGAAAUGAAAGCGAUUGUAAAUUCUCAGCACACACUUUUCAAUACUUCUGGGGUAUAAUUUUUUUUAUGUAGUUUCCUUGUGCAGUGUUCAAAUUUUGCUCAAAUCUGAGGGAUCAGAAGUAUGUAUAUUCUGUUCAGGAGCAUUCCAUAAAUAUUUACGCGCACAGCCAAAAAAAAAAAAAAAAAGAAGAAGCGCAGAGGAAUUUGUGGGCAUGGAAAGGGAAGUAGCAGAAAGUGCUUAUGGAUCCUGAAAGGUUCCCCACCAAAGAAUGUGGCCCUCGGGCUGAAAAGGAUUCCCUCCCCUGAGCCGCCGCAUCCUUACUUUGUUUACGUUUUGCAGGUGACCGUGCUCCGUGGAGAGAAUGCCACUGCGAGGAAUUUGCAUUCCGUAGUUCAGUCUCUGGAGUCUGAUAAGUUGAAACUUGAACUAAAAGUAAAGAACCUGGAGCAGAAGCUCAGAGAGAGCCAGAAACAGCCACGUGGCUCCUCAGGUAAAACCAGCUCUGGUCUGCUGGCUGUAUCUUCCCUGUGCAGCUCGCUGAAAGUGAGUUGGCUGCAGGCUAUGUGGCAUCUCGGAUCCCAUCGGAUGACAGAGUUAAGUCCCUUCAUGUGGUGGUAAAAACCUGCAUCACUUACGUGACUUGUUAGUUCAGUUAGGGGUGAGAUGCCACAUUACGUAGGUGGUUGGUGUUACCGCUUGAUAACCUUUGGGGUGUGAAAGGGCCAUCACUGGAUUCCAGCAGCAACAGAAUCCUAAAUAAAUGUCUUAUAUUCUGUAGUACUCAAAUAUGUUUCUGUAUCUUUGGAAACAAAGUAGGAGAAGCCCUUUGGGGUUGUAGCUCUUCAGGGGCCCUUUGAACCUAAUAUUGCACUCAACAGUGAGAAUGUUACCACAUGGUGGUAGUUUAACAGCUUGAGUGGAUGUGUAAUUUAUAGACCUGAAUUCCCUUCCCUCCCAGAUGUCCACUCUGCAACCAUGACCAUCUCCUGUUCUAAUUGGAGAGCGAACACAGAUUACCAUUCUCCCAAGGGUUGCUACAGUGAGCAUGUAAUCACGGAAUAAACUGCUCAGAAUGUGUGGUUGUCACAUGUGGUGACAAUCAUCUUACUCUGUACAUUUGCACCUAUUGGCAUAAUGAUACUGCUGGUCAGUUCCCUGCCUUAGAAAAGUGGGGCUACUUCAGUUGUUCAUGCAUGGAUUUUCAAACAAUAGGUUUGCAGGCUUUUGGUUUCAGAUUUAUAACUUGCAGGCUUUGAAACUCUGGAACCUGAAAUAAUGGUCCCCAUAUUCAUUUAUCAAAGCACCCUCAGAAAUAAGCAAGGCAUUUCAAUAGUCAGAGACUUUGAUUAUCAGUUUAAUGCUGAUAUUGCCAUACUGUUAAGUAGCAUGAGACUCCAUGCACCUAGUAAAUUCAUUUAACAGAGAGAUGGGAUAAUACGGUUUCAGAUAAUUGGGGAGGAGUAUUUUUUCCUCAUAUUGCCAUCCAAUGCAUCACUCCUGUUGCAUGUCUGUGUUUAAGUCCUUUCACCACCACACCACCCACCAUGUAAUAUGCUCUGCAGUACUAACUUGUAGACCAACUUGGGUUUGCAUCAAGAGUAUCACUUGCAGCCGGAACUGUUUUCUGGUUCAACCAUGUUCCUUUUGCAAAAUCACUCCAACUUUGCUGCAUUUGCUCCUUUGUUAAAAGGAAUAUGGGAUUUGUGUGUGGUUUAAAUUGGUCCUUUUACUUUUCCUUGAACAAUCAAGUUCACUUAUAACAAAAAUUGUAUUUUAUUUAUUGUUAACUCACUCUAGUAAGCUAAUCACUUUGAGAUCUGAUUAUGAUUUCAAAAUACUUUGAAAAAUAAGUCACAGAAUGCAGCAUUUUAUAGCUGAGGAAUCAAAUAAAAACAUAUGGAGCACCAGGUUUAAAAAAGAUCUAAAAUAAAACCUUGUAAAUUCUUUACAUGGUUCAAUAAAGAUGGCAGAGUAUUCCCUGGUCACCUCAGACAUCACUUCCGAAGGCAAGAGAUUUGGAGCAGGGUUUUCAAACAUUGUCCUAAUAUAUGGGCAGGUUCUUGCAGUACCAAGUAUCCUAGUCCCUUCAUGCCAUUUUGAGCUUUAAAGGUAAGAAUGAGGAGCUUGAAAUGUGCUCAGAACCAGACCAGUAACCCACGCCACAGUUUCAAAGCAGGCAUGAAGAUUUUGUGUAGCCUCCAGGGGCAGUCUUAGGUACAGCUCACUACAAUACUCCAAUCUGGAAGUUUUAUCAGAGUCUAGAUAUGAGGCCAGGUUUCCUUUUCUUUCUCUCCCUUCUCUCAUAUCCCUCCAUUUCUCUCCCCGCCCCCCUGGUUCUCUCCUAAAUUCCAGUUGUAUCAGCACAUAAGUAAUGAUUAUUUGCUGGAAUUAUUUUCAUAUGUGUUUUUUUCUUCUUCUUUUCUAAGAUGACACAGCCAGUGAUGCCCUCCAGGAUGAAAAUAACAAAGAAAGCCAGGUAUUUCUUAUACCCUCUUGGCCCCAUGCAGAAAUAGACAGCUGCAAAGCAGCAUUUCACGGGUUGGUUACGCGUACGAUUAACAUGGGAUGACUCCUACCUCAUUUGUUUCUGAUGGGGAGGGGGGGGGAAUGAUGUCUUAAUUUGCGUAAAGAAAAUCAACCUGUGAAAGAGUGAUCAGUAGGGCAGCAGCCCAGAGAUGGUGGUGCCUGUCUGGCUGAGUGAAGGAUGAGCCACUGGUGGGGGUGAAUAAGGUAUGGCUGGAUGUAGGAGCUGCUCAGGUGUACUUAAUUUCUGGUAGUGGAACCACGUCUCUUCCCUUCCGACCCUUCUCUGGGCCCAGUGACAUAAUCUAUGUCUCAGGAGUAAGAGCUGGGCCUAACAUCAGCAGCGAGAUUUGUCGUUUCUCAGAUCAGAAAGUAUUUGAGUAGAAUUAUUGCAUUAUCAGACAUUAGAAAUUGCCUCCAAAACCUAAUAAUAAUAAUAAUAAUAAUAAUAAUAAUAAUUUAUUUAUUUAUUUAUUUAUUUAUUUAUUCAUACAUACCCCGCCCUUCUGGCUGGGCGGCUUCCAACAAAAUGUUAAAAUACAGUAAUGCAUCAAACAUUAAAAGCUUCCCUAAACAGGGCUGCCUUCAGAUGUCUUCUAAAAGUCUGGUAGUUGUUGUUCUCUUUGACAUCUGAUGGGAGGUCGUUCCACAGGGUGGGUGCCACUACCAAGAAGGCCCUCUGCCUGGUUCCCUGUAACUUGGCUUCUCGCAGUGAGGGAACCACCAGAAGGCCCUCAGGGCUGGACCUCAGUGUCUGGGUAGAACAUAUCCAUAUCAAUUUCUAAUCCUGCCCCAUAAUAGGCAAAAUCACUGCACCCUGAUUCCUUUUAUGAUGGAUCCUUUCCACCCAUACUGGAAUGGGGAGGGGCCACAGCUCAGCAACAGACCACUUUUGUGGCAUGGAGAAGGUCCUGGGUCCAGGUCCCUGCACCCAUCAUUGGCUUAGGCUCUGAAGAGCUGCUGCAAAUCAGAGCAGACUGACUACCAAGCAUCUGUCUUGGGUAAAAGGCAGUGAGUAGGCCUGGGUGAUAUAUUGACAUAUUGCCCAGGACCAGUAUGAGGGCCAGACUGCGAUGGUGACUUCACUCAGUGGUAUAUGGCUGGUGAAACUGCCACUGCUCCUGAGCCCCUCCAGCACCCAGCACAGCAAAGGAGAAACAAGCUGUAACCGGGUGCUGGAGGCAGUGGCACUCAGGAGCCACGGCGGUUUCACCAGCGAUAUACCACUGAGUGAAACCAACAUCAUGGUUGGUCCCUCAUACCAGCGCAGAGGGAGAAUCAAGCUGCAUCGGUGAGGCGCCAAUACAGCUUGUUCCUCCCUAUGCGUCAUUAAACUGCUUGGCUGAGGAGAGCCAGCUGUCCUCUCCUCACUGGCUCUCCUCAGCCAAGAGGUUUUAUGGAGCCCCGGAGCCGCCACCAGCUCGCACGAUACAUUGGUGGGGUAGGGGCGCUCCUUAACUGCUCCCACUCCCCAGCUGCUAGUGCGCAAGCGGGAGAAGGACUGGGGCUCCCUCAGCUGGGUGGGAGGCAAGCAAGCGGCCUCUUUCCCCAAGGAGAAGGAGGUUGCUUGCCUGCCCCCUUCCCAUUGCCAGCAAAGGCAAAGGAGCCCUGCUGGCGGAGCCUGUCAGGCGUGGUCUGGCUCCCUUGGCUGUCAGGCGGGAGCCUCCCCACAAGCUGAGCAGCGGACUUAGGCCAGCUGCAUUGGCCGCAACCUGCAAGGCUCUGGGGUGAAAGAGCCUCAGCUCCUGUGGUGAGAGCUGUGGCAGUUUACCCAGCACCUCAAGGGAUGGGGCCAAUGCAGCUUUUUUUCAGCAUCGCGGUAUAUCGCCAAACCACAAUGUUUGACUGGUGAUGCACCGCAACGUUAAAAACCUAAUAUCACCCAGCCUAGUGAUGAGUUUCAUUAGGAACGGAUAGCUACCAGCUCAGCAGAUUUUACAGGCUUCUUUUUUUGGAUACAGCAAGAGUGACUGUAUCCCACUGUCUCCCUCACACACACCCCACAAAGGCCGACAUGCACACACAGACUCAGGGCUCACACACACCCUCCAACAUUUCUCUGAUGAAAAUAGGGACAACCCAUUCCAUAAUGAUAAUCUUACGGUUUAUACCCCAUACAUCUUGCCCCAGCCACUCUGGGCACCUGCCCAUAUAUAUAAAAACAUAAUAAAACAUUAAACAUUAAAAAAACCCUUCCUUAUACAGGAUUGCCUUCAGCUUGGGGGGUCACAUAUCUCCCUGCCCUCCAACAUUUCUCCAGUGAAAAUAGGGACAUCCCAAGGAAAAGUGGGACAUUCCGGGAUCAAAUCAGAAACCGGAGCAGCUUCUCUAAGUCAGGGACAUCCCUGGAAAAUAGGAACACUUUGAGGGUCUGACACACCACGCAAGAAGAAUGAAAACACACACAAAUAAACCGAUACACAAUGGUCUCCUGCUGACUCAGGGACAAAGAGCACACUCGCCCCCUUCGGUGUGGAAAGUUAAUUGAACCUUUAGAGAAGCCCAGCUCUGCAGAGCAGAGAGAGAGCAGCUGCACUGGGAAGAGAGGCUCCUGCACUGGCCCUCCUGAAAUCCCUGGAAAGCUCCUUUUCCAGGCUGCAGCUUCACCACCCAAACUGGGGUAAAAGGUUGGAAGGGCAAGCUUAGAUAUUGUAUCUGCCGGGACUUCUUCAGUGUAAUACACUUCACAUAGGCUUAAUUAUAACUAUAGUAUAAUUAACAUACUAAUGCUUGCUUGCUUUUUCUUCCCCCCACCUUCCCUUGCUUUCAUCUGCCUCUGGGAACGUUUUUCUCCAAUCAGCACAUGGUUUGUUUCCACUUUCUCUCCUUUUUUAAAUAGCUUUGUCAGUUUCAAGCUUUUUGCUGUGGGCAGUUCUCACUGUCUUAUCCCUUGUGCGGCUGCCCCAUAGUUCUCCUCUGCUUUGCCUUCUGUAAGAGGAAUAGUCCUCUCUUUAGUGCAAAGAGACAGGGGGGUGCUAGCUAUUUAAGCUUAGGGGCACAGGCCCAUGGCACAAGGUUGCAGAAAAAUGGCAUACGCUAAUUGAUAUGGAUAGAUGCAUAUUUAGGGCCACUUUCAGGGUGGGGGUAAACCCCAGCUCUUGCUUCCAGAGCUUACCCUGAGCUAUGGGGUGCCAACAGGAUUUUCUAGACCCAGUGCAGGUGGCUGCAGUCUCACUGGUACUGCACUUUGCAGUGCACCCAGUGGUCCUGCAGAGCAGCGUAAACUGUAUAUAAAACAGCCCAGAGAGACAGGACCCAUGCAGAAGAGCCAGGUUUUUGUUCUUCUGGACCACCCCUUGAUUGUACCCAAGUAAAGGAGGAAACCUGCACUAUUCUGGGAACUUUUACAUGAAUAAAUUGACACCUGUCCUAGAAGGAUGCCCUGGGUGUGGUGAGCCAGCCUUUUGGAUACUGAACCACCAGGGUUAACUAUUAAGGAAAUCUGCCAGAGGACAGUACUUGGGGGUGUCAUAUAUUCAAAGAGAUAUCAUGGGGGGGGGGGAAGACCCAUCAGAAUAAACAAGGGUCAGUUUUUUUAAAAAUAUUGGGAAUUCUCCGACACAAAAAGGUUGCAGCUUUGGGGGCUUUUAAUUUAAGCAAAUGGAUUUUUUGGCCUCAAAACAAAAAUUAGUCAUUUUUUUAAAAAAAUAUAAAUUACCUUCUUAAAGCCAAGUUUUGACUGUUUUUAGUGCUCCCCUGCUGUGAUGCCAAAAGCCUUGUUCUGCCCCACAAAGACUCCAGGUACACACACACACACACACACACACACUUUUUUCUGUUUUUUUCUGGGUGCUCCCACAGGUCUUCUGAUGUGAAACACUUUUCUUUUUGCCCCCAAAGCAUCCCAGUAAUUUAAAAAAAUCAUUUACACUUUUCUUUUCUAUUUUGCUGAGUGCUCCCAUAGUUUCUUUGAUGCCAAAAGUUUUUUUUGUGGCUCGCCAGUCAUACAAAAAUUAAAAUUGGCCACAUCCACUUUUACACUUCAGCUCUCAGGAUUGUUGGUCAAUGCUGCUUAUGGCCCAAAAAAGUUUAGCUACCCCUGGUUUAAAGACAAGGUGACUAACAGAAGAUGUGACAGAGGUCUGUAAGUUUAUGUAUGUUGUGGAAAGAGUGAAUAAAUAGUGUGGGGGGAAAGGGAUCCUCCAUGGCCCAUAAGAUUUGAAUAUGGGGUAAUCCAAUAAAAUGAAUUGGCAGUAGAUUCGGAACAGACAAAAGAAAUUACCUCACACACUGCGGAAUUUAUGGAAUUCACUAAAGCAAAACACAGUGGUUGUCAGUGACUUGGGUGACUAGAGAGAUUUGUGAAGAGCAGAAGCAGUUACUUGUCAUGGUGGCUCCAUGGAGCCUCUGUGUCCCCGGCUGCUGCCUUCAUCCCCUGCUGAUGUGCUUCUCACAGGCAUCUGGUUCUCUAAGCAUAUGGAGUGUAUACUGGAAGGUUUGAUCAAGUCCCUCUCCAAAGACUCCCAAGUGAGCUUAGCUAUCACAGGAUAAGUUGACAGGUCUCCUUAGAAAAGACCCAGAAGCAGACAACCAAAAUGUUCCAGGGGGCUGGAAAAAUUCCCCUUUAUGAAAGGUUUUUCGUUUGGUUUAGAAACAAGGGAGGGAGCACAAUAGGGGAGUAUAAAAUAUGCAUAGUGUUGAGAAAAUGGAAACAGAAUCUGUCAUGAUACUAGAAACAGGUCAUCAGAGCAAAACAUGUUUAUCUAAGAGAAUUGCUAUCCUGUGCAUUACGGUUUUCCAGCUCUGACAAUUCACUCCUCUACAUACCAUGAGGUUUAUUAAUAUUUGUUUAAUGCUUAAAAGUGUUCUAUGCUUAAAAAUAAAAGUUACAAGCAUUCUAUCUAUGUAUAAAUUAAGUCAGCACAAUUUCUUUCUGUGCCCAGUUUCUGCCCUAUUCAUUGCUUACAUCACAUGCUGUAUUUUUUAAAACCUUCAGCUUAAAUAUUCUGAGUUUAUAAUCCUGUCUCUUCUUUCUUCCACCAUGUACCCUUCAGAUUGACUUUCUAAAUUCAGUGAUCGUGGAUCUUCAAAGGAAAAAUGAAGAACUGAAAUUGAAAGUGGAAAUGAUGUCUGAGGCAGCACUCAACGGCAAUGAGGAAGAAGCUAUUAAUUAUGACAGGUUGGUUACUUACAAUAUCAGCUGGAAAUCUUGGUAGCAUUUUAGAAUUGAGGCUGUUGAACUGGCCUCAUCAAAUGCCAGCCAGAAAUUCCUGAAGUAUUACUGUGGUUUUCAAACUGUAUACUUGCAAGUAACCCUAUUGAAGAACCUCUGCACUGCAGAGGAUCCUGGGCCAUCUGCAGAGUGCACACUCCGUUCAUGGGGCUCACAGAGUGAGCAUUUUAGACCUCCCCAUGGCCACUAGGUCAAUUGAGAGAUGACCUCAGAGAUGACACACCCAGGGUCUCCCUGCAACUGUGCAUCACACAGUUAUGGUGGGCAGGCUAUCUUUGGGGAGUUAUUUCACCAGUAUUGACCUUCUAAUUGACAAACACUUGGUAAGCUUCUGAGGAACCUCUGAGUGCCCAGAAAGGAUUUUUAAAUGCUAUGGCUAUGUCACUACUAAUUCACACCAUGCACCUUUAUUUACUGUUCAUCUUUACUAAGCUGAGAGUCAUGAUUAAGCCACUGUUUUCAUGGUGCCAGUGUGGAUAGAGCUUUGACUUCCUCCAGCGCAGUGAAUUUGAUUCCCACAUACAGAUGGCAGGAAGUGAGUUAACAGCUACCCCAUCUGAGACUCGCUGAAACUUUGACCCACAAUUGUCAAGGAUAUAGACAAGUUAAGAUUUUAACCCUGUUUCUCUUUAGUGCAUGACUCCCAGACUAGUCAAGGACAUGAGACAAUCCUCUUUUAAAUUAGUCUAAAACCUUGGUGUGAAUUUCAGACUGUUUGUAUCCCUAUUCCCCCCCCCCCGCAAAUACGUUGAGAUAUGAGAAAUCUCUGCAGUUCACAACAAGCAGUAAUUAAAAGGCAGGUGAUCUUGCCUGCUGGCCCAAACCUUCCCAAAUCAGCACAAAAGCAGGAAGUGUUUUGAUCUGAAGGCAGCGCUGUUUAGGGAAGUUUUUAAUAUUUAAUGCGGUAUUGUUUUUAACACUCAAUUGGGAGCCGCCCAGAGUGGCUGGGGAAACUCAGCCAGAUGGGCGGGGUAUUAUUUAUUCAUUCAUUCAUUCAUUCAUUCAUUCAUUAUUUCCUAUAGAUUUCCUGUCUCUUUAGAAUCACUGUUCUCAGUAAAAACAUAAUGAAAUUCUAGUCUUACUUAUCAAAUUUUGAUCUUGGCAGUGAGGAAGAAAACCAAAUCAAGAAGAAGCCUCGCCUUUUCUGUGACAUUUGUGACUGUUUUGAUCUCCAUGACACUGAAGAUUGUCCAACUCAAGCACAGGCGUUAGACGAACCUCCACAUUCGACGUACCAUGGCAGCCGAAAGGAAGAGCGCCCCUAUUGCGAAAUCUGCGAAGUGUUUGGGCACUGGGCUACAAAUUGCAAUGACGACGAGACCUUCUGA